AUGGAAAACCGCCUCAGCUGUAACAAGCCCUGCAUCCUUCUCCCAGCCAAUGGAAAAGCAGGAUAUGGGAAAAACAACACUGUGGAGUAGUGGAGACUCAAAAUGGAUAAGAGCUAUAAAACAUCCUCGCUUUUCUUUUUGAGAGAGCUCUUCUAUGUUGAGAACUUUUCACUUUUUCCUCUCUGCUCCUGCUUUUCCUCUUGGCGCUCUGUUACCCAGAGUUACCCUCAGAGGGUUGUGAUUCGCUGCUGCUUCGAAGCCGGGAGGGAGUUUCCACGUGUCCUUCAGUGCGCCUGGGUGUGUGAGUCAGAUUCAGUGUGUGUGUGUGUUGCUUUAAGACUCAACAAGCCUCCACUUUGGGAUCAGACAACACCACUGAGGUUCUUCUUUUGCAAGCUGUUCAAAGAGCUCUUAGAUUAAAGCCCGGGCCAUAGAGGUAAGGGAUGUUCUGGGCUCUGCGUUUUAUCUUUCACUGCCUUUGUUUCUCCUAUUUAGUGGAUUAAGAGAGGGCUGGGGUGAAGAGGUUGGAUUGUGUUUCCUAUUGUCCAGAUCCACAGGUGUGGGCUACACUUUGUGUUUGCAUGUGUGAGUGCUGUGUAGUUUUAGUUUCCUCAUGUAUUUUUCAGGCAGUAGUUUGUAUUUUAGUUUUUGUUUCUUUUUAUCUCUUACCUUGUAAAUGAAGAUACAGCUAAAUGACCUUUUUACAAUCUCAGCCUUGCACACUCCUGCUGCUGAGUGUUUCAGGGUUGUCAGACUUGCUCAUGUUGACUCAUGGAAAUAACUGAGUCUGACAAAACUUACCACGUUGUCUAAACUUUGACUGUUUGCUCGCUCACGUUGUACGAAAAAGUUUGAAUAUGUUAUCAUUUUUGUGGCAGUACUCUCGUAAAGCGGUGGCAUCUGUGUAUAUAAAUCAUUCUGAAGACUGCCAUGUCAUUUUUGGUCUGGAGCCAGGCGCAGAGCUUCUAAAUGUGUAAUGAAAAAGUCCAAAAGACACUUAACAAGCACAGUGAUGGAUGUCCAGUGGCUUGGGCUGAAUCCACUACACAGUAAUAUGAGCUUUCAGCAAGUGAUUCAUAGAUAGACAUUUCUCCUCGCGAACAAACAACUGCAAGAUACUUUAAGUCUUGUUCACAUGACAAAAAUUCAGCAGAGGACUUAAAUCCAAAUAUUUUCUUUUCUUCACUUCCUCUUGUUGUUGUUUUACUACUUGAAGAACUUCGGUUUUGCAUAAGUUUGAAUGAAAGCUGUGUCUACGAGAGUGAUGCUCUGUGCACACCAUGCCUUUAAGAGAUCAGCUGUAAUAGAGCCAGAGGAAAGUGAUAAGAGACAGGUCCCAUGGGCUGUGAUUUGACAGGAGGAAGGUAGUACGAUGGUGUUAACAGUCACUUGCAAUAACAAAUGACCUCAUAGUUCCUACUCUCCUGCAUUAUAAUGGAAAAGGCUAGAGACCUUUGAGGUACUACACUCUAUUAGAUGACAUUUGGACUAUUUGAUAUGCAAUUAGUUUGGCUGAUUUAUGAUAUCUACAUGUAAACUCAGCAUUGUGCUUUAUUGUCUAUUUUGAGGAACAUGUCUGCACUGAACCUACUUCAAAAAAAAGAACCGACCACUUUUCUGCAUCUCCAGGGCUUUCGAGCGAACUAGGUGAAAAAAAAAACAACUGCUCCAACAGCAUCUUAAUUCGAUUCUUAGCUCUCUGUGUUUCAUUCUGCUGUGUCAGGAGUUGUUCCUCAAGUUUAAAUUCAAGGACGUGAAGGUCAGGUUUGCAAACACGGUUACCCAGACUCCGGGUUCACACAGGAGAGGGAGGAAGCCUGUUAAACAAACGCAAGGUGGUCUUCACGUAGGAAAAUGACACUUCCUUAACACACUGCCUGCAUGCACCUACUGUGUUUAUACUUAAGCUGAGGUGUGGCCCGUUCUUCACUGUUCCCCCGAACUCCAGACCAAAGACAUACACAGUGCCAGACUAAACACAGCGCCUAUGUGGGAGUCACCCAGGGGCAGCCUGAGAAGAAUGCCAGGUCAUGGGGUGUGUCGAGGAACGUUAGGGUGGCAGUGGUCCCUUGGCCCCUGAACAGAUGGCCUGUAGGAAGCCUAUUGACAAGGACAGAGAGGUGAAGGGUAAAAGGAGGGAGAGUUCAGAGCGGGUCCUGGGGUUUGCAGAAAGAGGAAGACUUGUCUUGUUGUUCUCCCAAAACAGCCACACAAUGCUGUGGUUCAAGUCGCAGCAGAAGGCAAACGUAUGUGUCUUUAGGUUUGUGUGUUGGCACGCCUUUAAGUCUUUCAUACCCCACAACCCUGCUCUGUGUGAAUAAACUCUGCAAGGAAAGUGUCAGUAGUAGUGUUGAAAGAAAGCAGUCAUUGUGACAAGUUCCACAUCCAGCUUUCUGCUGACUCCGAGUGCUGUUGGCAGCUGCUUUCUUGCUCUUGUCUCCACAGAGAAGGCGGUUGAGAUACUCUUCAUUCAUAAACAGUGACUUCAAAUCAUUCAAUCUUUUAUUUGUGAGCCUUUGGAUACAAAAAAAGAUCAGACGCUUUCAAGAACUUGAGAUGCUAACAGAUACAAAGACUGGGGUGUUCUUUGCAGAGUUAGUUUGAAGCAUGGAUGUGAAGAAACCGUGCUGGUUUCCCACUGGUUUCCAGUGAAUUGCUCUGAUGCUCAGUUCAAUCAGUCAUGUGCGAUUGACCAUGCUUCUUUAACCAGUAUAAGCCUGACUUUGCCUAUAGCGUCCUAGUGAACCGGUGCACUGGUUUAACAUUAAGCAUGUCAAAUCUGGAAAUAAUUGGUGUGUAGCUGUUAGAAAAGCUGCUUGGAAAGACCAAGGUCAUCAUGCUUGGAGUAAUUCUCUCAGUGCGAAUUUUUCUUUUAAUGCAUUCAAUCGUCUUGUCCUCUUAAUAGAUUGUUUAACUCCUGACUUGUUUGGUUAAUCCCCUGAUUAGUGCAGAGCAAUGGUUCAAGUUCAUUACCUUGCCUACAUUUCUACAGCUAAGUUUCCAUUGUGCUACGUUUUCACAAAGGACAGACAAUGGUGUCUUGUGUGGCCUCAUUCGUGGCUUAUUUGAUACUUUGAAACCUGAGCUUACAUUUUUGCCUCCUCUGUAGACUUUUGAGCUUGUACCAUAUGUGCUUUACAUUUAAAACAUCCAAGUUCCUUUGUAUUUUCCCUCUAACGUCAUACAUUAAACACGUGCUUUUGCUGUGGUUCUUUUCGCUCAGUUGCUCAACACUGUAAUCUCACCUCACUGUCAAGGUGCAUCCAAGCAGGAGCAGAUCAACUCUUAAUACUACAGAUCACUUAAUCCUGAAGGUUAAAGCUUUUGGCAGGAGGGUGUUUACACUGUAACCUUACACACGCUGUACGUGUGUUGUGAGGCUUAGCAGAGUUAGCACUAUUUGAAAGCCUUCCUGGAGUGUGUGUGCCACAUGCAUGUUACCAGGUUAUAUUACACACACCUGACAUGAGUCGAACUGCUCCUCAGAACAUGCCUGGUGCCUCAGCGAAGAGUGCUCCUCAGCCGUUUCUGGUUUUGGACCCUGCCCGCGGACAAAUUUGGCAGUGACGAGUGAAAAAAAAAAAAAAAAACAGGAAGCAAGGAGUCCAAGAUUUAAAAAUAAACAGGCGGGCUAACUGUAGCCGGCUUUCAAAAGUUUUCCGACGACAUCAUAUACUUGCAGGGAGGUGGAAAAAUGCUACCAAUGUUUGGUUUUGAUGACUGGUUGGGGUGAGUAAGAUUCAGAGGGAGGUUUUUUUUUUUUUUCCUGAUUGGUCAUGCUGUUAUGCCAGAGUGGCAACACUUUUCUGUGUUGUCUUAUAGCUUUGUUGUUCCCUCUGUGAACUUGGCUGUAAAUAUGUUGAUGUAUCGUUUCCAGGGGUAUUUACUGAGCUGUGUUUUUGCAAUUCACCCACCAAGAAUAACGCUGGAUUUAAAUAGAACUAUCACAAGUUUGACAAUGUCAGAAGCUGUUUUAGAUCAGUGUUGCACUGACUUUAUUUAUCGCAGUGAGUGCAGCCUACCAAACACUGUCCUCUCCCAAAUCUCAGGGAUUAGGUGUCCUCUUUAACUGGCCCACCUGUUAUUGAACGGGGGGCUCAUUGCACUUGGGAAAUUACAGUCCUCCCAAAGAAACUAAGCACUAAGUCAACUUCCCUCUCUGUGUUUCAGAUGAGCUGGAUGACGAAGGAAUGAGUUUAUUUUGAGACAUGAGGUGGAGGGAACUGUGUGGAUAGGAACUCCAAUCUGAGAAGAAACGUCAAUAACGGGUAAGUCUAAGAACUGUGGUAAUUUUUUUCAUAUUAUUAUGGUUGAUUUAUAUUGAACACUGCAAGUAAAAUGUGUCCGUUAUACACUUUUAUUCAAAUGUAUGUGAGAACUUACCGAUAAGUCAUUUCUUAGGCUAUAAUUGUUAAUUGUUGCAACUUCCUGUGAUUAAAAAAGACAUAUCAUGUCAAUAUGUUGAUGAGACGCUUGUUUUAGUUCUAAUCCACUUGGACAAAUUCAAAGACCUGAAGCAGUCUCACCUAGUCUUACCUAUUAUGUAACCACAUCACAGACAGUAACAGAUACACUUCUGUCACUGACAGUCCAAGCUGUGAGAGACAGAAUGCGCUUUAGCUUCUGCCAUGUAAUGAAGUGUCUGUCUGGUCACGGCUCUCCAUCACUAAUGUAAUAGUGUUGUGAGCAGUCUGGAAGUGAUUUUUUUUAUCAUCCUGAACCCUGUCACACAUAACAAGCCUGACAGCCUAAAGCCUGUUUAUCCCAACUUUCCUAUAGAGGGAAUGUAAGAAUGUAGUGAAGUGGGAGGGAGAAAGGCCCAAAGACAGGUUAGUGUCCUCAGAUAAGAGACACAUGAAGAACUGUUGUCUUCGAAAGACAUGAGGAAGAUAUUAGCUGCUGCUGGUUUGCUUUGAAAACAGCCACUGCAAGAUAAAUGACACAGUGUGUAUGUUAUGGUUUUAUAGCAGGGGUUCCCAACCUUUUGACUAGAGAGCAGACAGCAGCUGUUAUGUUUCUGACAGGGGGAAUAUACAUCACAUUAUUAAAAUGCUUGACUAGUAUCAUGUUAAGAUAUAUAAAGUAAUGUAAAAGCAUAAUGAAACCUGAACUGCAGGGGAAAACACUCAAAAAUCAAAUCAUAACACCCCCCCCCCCAUCAGUGUGAGCCUGAGCCUGGUGGUUGUAAUGUUGUGUAAUGUAUAUGAGUGACAGGCGCAGCACGUUUCAAUCGCAAACAUCCAGUCUGCCGCAGAGCUAUGACACUGAAUUUUAUGUUACAACUUCGCACUUUCCCCCCCUAGUUCCUGAUAUCCUCAUUGUCUGUGGGGCUUUUCUUUAGCAACUGCAGUAGCUAGUCUCUCAAAGUCAUCUUUUCUUCUACUUCUGAUUUUUUUUAUUAGAGAUUGUCCAUGAAUAAUAAACAACAUAAUCAGUGCAUUAUAUAUGUAUCGAUUAAUCUGUCGAUUAAUCGAGUAAUCGGAUAAGAAAUGUUUUGCUCUCACUGUAAUACUUUGCAUUGAAUCACGUUUGCCUCAUUAAAAACCAUCAGUAACACACAAAACUGAAAUAGGCCAGGUCUUUCAAAUGAAUAUUUUUACUGCAUAAAUCAGGAACCAAAAGUUUUACAUUUUACCAUGUAGUUCACAUGAAACUACUGAAGGCAAGGUCUGCAGAUGGUCUUUUAAUUGCUAUGGUAAUGAUCUUUGCAGUUUUCACUAAACCAGUCACAACUAUUUCCAGGCUUUGGAUCUAAUUUUACUUGUUUAAUUAAUAGGCUGAAAUAAUAUAAUUCUUGGAUACUAACAUAAUUUGACAAGCAAAUGUACAUUUAUUCAAUAUAUAAAAGUGUUACAUUUUUAUUUACAUGUUGUUGUGUGUUGGUCAUUUUGCAGCCCUCUGCUGCUCAUCACACGCCUAGCAGGUGGUGUAUAGCAUUAUCACCAUGGAUACACGGAUGUUUGUGUGAUUUUUUUCAUCCACUGCCGCCCGGUUUGUGUCGUGUAGAUGUUGAUUAUGAAAACACUUCGCAAUAAUUUGGAAACGUGAAGGGGGAGCUGCUGCUGCCCGGUGUUUACGGUAAAUAGACGCAAACACCGACCAAGUGGACGCUUCGGUCUCCGAAAACGCCGAGACAAAUUUACAAACAGUCACUAUUUCAAACAACUGGGCUCAUAAUCGUGAUGUAAACACUUACUUUCUCGCUAGAAAAAAUAUUAUUAUUGAAUGAAUUUAUAUAAUUUGUCCGGUAUGCAGUCGUUCUAUGUAGCUUGUGGUAGGACUAUUUAAAUUUUCCCGGCGCUGCGUCCGGCCGGCACGAAAUGCAUUCUGGGGUAUUUAGUAUGUAUGUGUGUAAACGCUCGGGCAGCCGCGGCAUACUCAAAUCAUCUUUGAGUAGUCAGUAGGCAGUAGCUACUGCUUGAGUAGGUAAGUAGAUAGCAGGCAGUAUGCCAUUUCGGACACAGCUUCUGUCUGUCCUCGUUUCCCUCCAUGAUUGAACCAAACGCGCGGCAGCGGAAGGAGCGGAAAGAGCACGCUUCUGCGCAACAGAAAUAACCGUCCGUGUCAAACACCGUGCGCUGCACAUGGUUCCGGAUUUAAACGAUUCCUCGAGGCAUAUAAUUUGCCUCGAGGAAUUUUAUUAAUCGAGUUACUCGAGUUACUCGAGUAAUCGUUUCAGCCCUACAUUAUAUAUGUGGCAGUUAUAUCCACCCUCAUGGUUCAGUCUGGGUUUUUGCUUUCAAAUAACCAACCCUGGUACCAGUCUAAGACCUUUCGGUUGGGUAUAAGACUGAAGUUAUUAUUUCCUAUGAGUAAAAGGUUAACUGACUCAUUAUUUUUGCUUCCUUUUUUCACAGACGGCCAUGGGAAAUUCUGAGAGCCAGUACAGUAUCCAGGGCCCCAAAGGCACCAAUUUUGCCUUCCCAGGGAAACAGAAGCCAUACUCACUGAAGUUCCGCUCAGGCAAAGACGAUGCUCUCUCACCUCAUUCCUGGUGGAAAAAUGCCCCACUAGGCUCUGCGUACAAGACCAGGUGUGUCGGACGUGGCUGCUUAUCUCCUCCAAAAAGCCGGCAGUCCUUCACUGCCAGGCACUAUGACUACGUCUCAAAGGAGAUAAGGGGCAGCCCUGGUGCUCACCACUGGCAUAGAUCAGCUGGGUGCGGUGUAAGAAGGCGGCACUUGUCAGAUGAGUAUGAUGGUAAUCCGUAUGGAGCUGAGCUGAAUGGGUGCACCCUUAAUGGACACAUUGAGAAGCACGAGGCUUUAGAGGAACAGAGCAGCCCACGGGUGGUAAUCAAGAAGGAUGGCAGUCUCAGGGUGGAGUUCACCAACACCUCUGGCCACCCUCUCCUCCUGGAGGAGGCUUCUGGCCCUGUACAGCUCCUCAAGUUCUCCCCAAACCUGGAGUCUGCCUCAACUCCAAGUCUGCCUGGUUCCAGUGGUAGCGCACAAGAGGGUCACUGUAGUGGUCCACCUCCUGCCUCCACCUCCUCCACUGCCAGAACUAGCAAAGGGAGCUCACUGAGCUCUGAUGGUUCCUGGUAUGAUUCGCCAUGGGGGCCCAACACAGAUCUGUGUGAGCCAGACCAACACUGCCCUGCCAGUAGGACUUUGGUCCACUCCCCAAUCCACCAGCUUGACUCCUUCACUGAGCAGUCCCCCCCUGUGUCCAUUACAGACCUCUACAAGGACUCAACAAUGGCUGCAACUUUCCCCAUAACGAAGGACCUGUCCUCUGAGUUCCAAGGGCCGCCACCUGGUCGAAGGACUCACCGAGCCUCUUUCGCAUCAGUCCUGGAUGUUCCACUGGAGGAGGAAUGUCCCGAGGCCCACCAGUACACAUCCUUCACCCUGCCCUGUCGCAGGCCCAAAGCCCACACCAUUAGUGAGGAUCUUGGCCAGUAUCCUGAUCAGCAACAGCACCAGGGGCAAACAGGACUAGGUUUUAUUUUCCAUAAAAAAGACUCCAUAAAAACCCGAAUAAGACGCCUCAGUGACUGGACGGGCAGCCUUGGCAGGAAAAAGAGGAAGUCUCAGGUGAGUUUAAAAGUGAUGACACUUGGGGAUUACAUGGAUUUACUUCGGUAACUCUACGUUCCUGAGUUACUGGUACAAAUUUAUCGAUUGCAGCAUGCAUAUAGAAAUCUUGGUUCUUGGUCAUUUCACUAUGUGGCCCUCAAAGUACUCAUUUAAGCUAACAGUAGAUGAGUUUAUCACCCUCUUAAUGUUAUAUUGGAGCUACUGCUAAUUAGACCCUGAGAGAGCAUCAGUAAAAGCCAUGCACAGUAAGUUUUCUGUCUGGCAAGGUUUAUUUGAUUAUGAGCCCCAGUGGUGGUCUUGGCAUUGCUGAAGGAUAACCACAGUCCUCUGGUCCUGUGCACCACAACACCAGCUGUCUGAGGACAGGACACAGUGGGGCGGCACAAAAUGAAGUUUGUAAGGCAGCCAGCACUUGGUCUUGUUAUUUUUUGUGAGGAUGUAAGGAGGAAGAGAGGUACUCCCAAUAACAAUGUACGACAUGGAGGAUCCUCGGGGGAAGAGAUGUUUGGGGCUGAUGUGCAGAAUUUAUGAUGACUGUAUCUGGGCGGGUGCAUCCGAGGUAUUGUUGCAUACUGAUUAUCAGUGCUCAGUUUUUGCAUGUGAAUGUUUGACGUCUUUAACUUGGCUGUACUGCGAACAUGUGGACUGCGAGUGUGUUUAGGUAACUGCAUUGUGUAAGGUUAUUGUUUCGCUCACCUGGUCAUUAUCCUCAGAUUCUCAUGGUGUUAGGUAAGAUUUGGCGGAGUCAGAGGAAGUGCAUGGAAAUCUGGGAGGUACGUGAGACACAGAACAGACAGCUGAUGUAUUUUCCCAGUAGUAAAAUGAUACAAGUACCAUACAGACAUGGGUCAGAGGAAAGGGUUGGAAAUAACCACAGCUCGUUGGCAUGCACAUGACUGUAAAACCACGUGAUUUAGCCCUACUGAGACUGCAUUAAUAGCUUUAAUUUGACAGAAAGCAUUGGUAGAAACUCAGCCUGAACUCAUGUCUCUCUUUGUCUUUGAGGUUUAAAGCGAUUGUUUCUGCAUUAAUUCAUUUAGCUUCGCCUUGUAAAAGUUUUAAGAAUGCUGUUUGGGCGCUGCCAAGAGAAUAGCUGUAAGCCUCUGAGAAGCUCUGUUCGAGUGAAACUAAAUCCUAGCUGGAGAUUUAACCCCACCCUUCCUCUUAAUGUUAAUGAAUCACUUUUGGGUGUUUGGGCUGUUGUGUGGUACUGAUUUUCUAAGCAUCUGAGGUUGUAAAUCUGCUAAUAGGGAUUGGUGUUCACUCAGUUGGUGGGUGAUGACAAACCAUAGAACAAAACAGAACUCUCUCCUUUGAUUCAAAGGACUUUUUUCGUUUUUUUUUUGCUGAGUAGGAAUUCUUCUCCUUACUCAAAAGAUGAUGCAAAGUGAGGAGCAUGAGAUAUUUUGCCUUGAUACUGUCACCCUACCUUGUGGUGACAAACAUGCAGUGCAUUUACAAUAUCCAUUACAAUCUUUACACAGCGUUCCCUUUAAAUUAGUCAAGACUUGCUCUAAAUCAAAUUGCUAUGCUUGCCAAACAUCAUGCUAAUUCUUAGCUUUAGUCUUUGUUAUGCUAAAAAAAAGCUUGAUAGGUGGCUGUUUUUGCCUACAGCCAUCCAGAAGAACUUUUAAAUGAGAUGCUGUUGCUUCAGUACACUGAUAAACUGUCACAGUUUGAGCUCUGUUUUCAAAGAUAAGUCCUAAAAGAAAUACAUUUACUCUGAAACUUGACAUGGCUGAACUAGAGGUGUUUAAUGCCAGAAAAAUAGCAUAAAUAAUUAAGGGUUAAAAUUUGUCCUUCUUUAGGGCCACAAAAUACAGCAACGUGUUUGUGCUUAGGUCUCCAAAAUACUUAAAUCUGGUCUUAAGACUGUGUCCUUUUGGGGCCGUUUGUGGACUGCCAAACCUCCAUGGCAUAAACCUCAAAGGGCCCUCACAAAAUUAGGAGCACCUCCAACUCUGGGUUUCUUCCACCUGGUCUCCGUGACUCUGUGGUGGGAUUAAAGGUCAAAUUGCAAACUUGAUGCCAAAAGGCCAAGAACCUGUUCUUAAUGAAAAGCAGCUGGGAGGAGGGGGUUAGAAAGGGUGAACAAACUUGUGCUGUGGUGGCUAAAGGAGAAAAGAAGAUGCUGAAAAAGAUCAUACAAACUUUCCUCUGGCUGUUUAAUACAAAUACUGUGUAUUUCAUGGUGGCAGGUGAAGUGAAGGUUAUUCAGAGGCUGUUCCUUAGGGAUUCAAAGGGUUCAUAGCUGCCCUGUAGCUAAACAUGGUCUCAGUUUGUCAGUUAGUGACAGGAAGUGAGAAACCCCCACCCUGCAGCGCUGAAUAAGGGAUUUCUUUGCUCUUCAUUUCCAUAUAAAUAAAGAAUUUGUUUAUGCCUCUUUAAAUUAUUCCAGUCCCUUGGCAAUGAUUUGGGCAAAUUUAAAUAGUUUGCUAAAUAUCAACAAUGGCAGUAGCAUAAAUGAGAAUGGAGAGGACAUGGAUAGAGCUGAGUAAGAGACAGGAGGAAACAAAGACAGUGGAUGAGCUUGAUAUGACGACUCAUACUGUGCUUCUGCAUGCUGAGAGCUCUUAGGUCUGUUGCCAGGGGCAGAAUCAAUGCUGCAAUCUAGUCAAGUGUAGGUAGACUAUCAUUAGGCAUGAAAAGUGCAAUUCCAUCAAGUGUUCAUUUGGGAGAUUGGGAAGCCACAGCGGCCCUCAAAUGACGUGAAAUUGUCUGAGCCUGGAGGGUUCCAACCUCCCAGGUGCCAUCACAGGAAAUUUGUCCCACUUUCUCAGCCUAGCGAAAGAUUUAGGGACUCUAAUGUAGACUUUGAAGUAGGUUGAAGUGGCUUUCACUGGAUUUUUUCAAAAGUUUCUCCUCCAAUCUUUUAGCAGCUUCAGGCUAAUUGAAAGUAGCACAGUUAGAUUUUUUUUGUCCUAAUAUAAGCUUUUCAAUGCCUACUAAGGUAUACAUAAAGUGCAGUUGUGGUGCAUUAAAGAAGGGGAAUAAUUUUGUUAACUAAUCUGUAAACCUCCAAACACAGCCCCCGAAAAUAAGAGACAUUAACUUUAGAAAAUAUAGAUGUAGUUACACAGAUGUCAUCCAUUGGUUAAUGAAAACAUCCAAAGAUAGAAUUACCCAUGUAAAUCUAAGCUAGACACAGGCAAAAGGAUGGAAAUGAGGUACUGGCUUUGCUGCCUAGCCUUAACCUACAAUAUGCUUACCUUUGGGUCAAACCAGUCCUAAAUUUCAAAAUUGAUGUUAAAGAACAAAAACCCUGUGGACUUCUUUAAAAAAUACAAAAAAUGUGUUUUUUUUCUUGCUAUGUUUGCACCAAGAAUUCUGCUGGAAAAGUUAGCAAUUCAAAAUGGGCUCUGAUUGGGUUUCCUUGACUUUUGGACAGCCCCAAGUGGACGCUCAAGGAACCGUCAUGCUUCAUUUUUCCUCACCAAAGGUUGUUGCACUGUGAUUGAUUGUUAAAAGUCCUGGAGGGUUAUUGUUCAUAAAUCUCAUCUUUCACCUCUCUUUAUCAUUUGGCCUUCAUGCUUUCCUCAUUUGUAAUCUCUCUGUUUUACCUCACAGGAAACCAGGUAUAAGGACCUCACUGAUGCCUUUGACAGUGGAGUAGAUGGUCUGACCGCAGACACCAGCUCCCCCUCCCAGGUCUCCAGCCUCCUCUGGUUCCCGGGAGCUUCCAGGGCCCAGUCGUCAGGAGCCAUUCAUCAAACCACCAGUGAUGCUGUACGCCAGAAUAUCUAUGAAAACUUCAUGAGGGAGCUGGAGACUGGCACCGGGCAGGGAGGAGUGGGAGGCGGUGAGAGGAGAGACCCAUCCACAGGGACGGAGGAGGGGGACAGCGGCAGUGAGUCAGCGGAGGGUUCAUUGGAGCAAAUGGACCUGCUGUUUGAGAAAGAGCAGGGAGUGGUCAGGCGGGCUGGCUGGCUUUCUUUUAAACCUCUGGUUACCUUGCACAAGGACAGGAAGCUGGAGCUGGUGACCCGCCGCAAGUGGAAGCAGUACUGGGUGACCCUGAAAGGUGAGGUUGACCCCAAGAGGGGGAGCCUGGAGGAGGGGGACACAAUUAUGCACCUUAAAAUUGAGUCAAAGAUUGUGCUGACAUGUAAGUUUAAAAUAAUUCAAAGUUAAGUAGAUUACCCAAAUUUGAGUUCUGUAAUUCAAUCUCAAGGAGCACGUGGGUUCUUCUUUCUUCUUCUAGUUUCUCCUCUCAACAGCAUACAUGUCCUUGACAGUGGCAUUAAACUUGACAUUGACUGAUCGUUCUCCCCCUUCUGCUCUAAAAGCCUGAAGGGGAUUAUGCCGUUGCCUCGAACUAGAUAGGAAAAAAGCAGACUUUGCUUUUGUACGAACAUAUGCUACUUUUUUACCUCUCUGCUUUGAAGUCUGUGCUGAUGAACAUCUCUUGGAAGUUAGAAAAAUAGAAGGUAGAAGCAAUGACAGUCGUUUGUGGCCUAUUGGGGAAACUUAAAAGUUUUUGUGCUUCUUUGUACUUUAUUCGUUUUUACAAGGACUGUGUGUCUUUUUGACAGUAUUUGAAUUCCAAACUCUGACAGUCCAGAAAAAGCCAGCUUAGUAAUGCAUACUAUUUCUUAUGCGUAUUUCUAAGUCAUUCCUGUUUGUCCCCAUCUUUGUGUUUCAGGAUGUACAUUGCUCUUCUAUGAGACUUACGGCAAAGGCUCUCCAGAGCAAGAUGCGUCACCUCGCUAUGCUCUCCUGGCUGAGGACAGCAUUGUCCAGGCUGUUCCUGAGCAUCCCAAAAAGGAGAAUGUCUUCUGUCUUAGCAACUCAUAUGGAGACGUCUACCUCUUCCAGGUAAACAACAUCAGUCAAUAUAAAACUACAAGUGAUGCUGUUUGAGAUUUUACUACACCUGUUUUACAUAGUUUUUAGCUUAAAGUUUCCAAACUUUCAGGUUAUAUCCUAUUUGCCUGUUGUGCUGAGUGACCUACAUAUCCACACUGAAUUCAGGCCUAUACUCGCCUCUGUCCCCAUAACUUUGCCCACUUGAAAUUACAAGCUUCCCAGACUGCAGCAUGUCGUGGUGUCUAGACCUAAAUCUAAUAAAAUAGUUCUGUACGGAGCUGACAUGGCCCCAGAGGCAAACAGAGUGAGAGAAAAUCGUCUCGGUAACACGAGGAAAGCCUGGGUUUCCUCCUUUUGUUUCCACUCCAAUGGCAUGAGUCAUUCUUAAUCUAGGGGGGGUCAACUGAUUUCUUAACCCACAUGCUGCUUCCUCUGUCUUAAGGCAAGAAUGACAAUCAUAAAAAUGGCAUAUAAACAUUCAAAAUGUGUGUUUGAUACAAGCAAUAUUUCAUAAACCUUCUAAUCUAAGCAGCAUUAAUCACUUUUUCUGUUAUUGAUUCAGCAAAGCCUGGUUAACCACUGAAUGAUCGAAGUGUGAUAAAUGAUUAAAAACACUGUAGUAGUAGUCGAGCAUGGGCAACUCCAGCAGAUUUAUCAGUCAAAGCAUCUUUGAAUCCAGCUUGUAGCAGGAAUCUGACCUCGCUACUUCAUCAAAUCAAUCUCUCUGUCCCCUCUCUGCCCUGCCAGGCCAGCAACCAGACCGACCUGGAGAACUGGGUGACAGCCAUCCAUUCUGCAAGCGCCUCACUGCUGGCCAAGCGCCAGGGUAAGGAGGACACUGUGCGCCUGCUGCGGAGCCAAGUCCGUGGCCUGCUGCAGAAGAUUGACAUGGACGGAAAGAUGAAGAAGAUGGCUGAGCUGCAGCUGACAGUGGUCAGUGACCCCAAGAACCGCAAGGCUAUAGAGAACCAGGUGAGGGUUAGUCAUUUUAUCCAAGAGACAUUUAUAAAAGCUGCAAGUAACACUGCUGUCACAGAGAAUACAGAAGACCUUCGAGACAUUUUACACACCAUUGCAUGUUUCCUGCCACUUUUACAAGUAAUCUGGAAACUCAACAACACAGAUAGAUCAUGAGGUGUGACAUAUGCUCUUUUCAUGCCAAAUUAAUAUUUCCACAUUACCAUGUUUGUUGUCUCUCAGCGUGAUAUGUGUCGCAGGCCUACGAUGUGCCCUACUUAAUACUUCAGAUUUUGUGACUGCGGGGACAAGCCUGUGCUUUAUUUUUGUCUGUGGGUGGGUGAAGUGGCCUAAAUGCAUCAGUCCCCAAACGCAUUGCGAUGGGCCCAGGGGAGCCACUCGCUCCCCGAGCAUCAGAUUGGGAUUCCAGAUGUUUCCUAGUAAUGGGCUCUCAACGUGCAUUAUCCUCUUCUUCCUCCUCACAGCCUGGGGGAGAAUCCAGAGCACCCAGCACUGCGCUGUAGCCUACAUACAGCAGAUUACUGAUAGAUAUAAAAAGCCUAUAACCUAUGGCUUAUUUAGAACCAAAGUACCUUAAGAAAUCACAUUUGAUGUAGUAAAUAAAAAUGUCUGGCUGCUUUAUUCACCACCUACACCUAUAGUUUCUAACCUAAAGCUGAACUUUUGACUUACUUUAGUUUUGUGUGAGCUGCUCACGUUAUAGAAAAACGGGCAGUGCUGUCUCUUACUGAUCGGUGGCGAUGUCACUGCCUGACUGUGCAAAGGCUGACUCUGUGCUUGUAUCUGUUUCCAAUUAGCCAGUAUGCCACCUCAGAGUAGACAAAGAGACAGACGGCGAAGGAGUCAAUGAUAGGGUCAGGGGAGUACGGGACAGGACUCUGAUACAGGCGCCCCAGGGCUGAUGAUAGAUUUAAGGUUUCGUUGGGGUUUUCUUGCACCAAAAGGGCACUACUUUGAUGUCCAGCCCCCACCCCUGUCUACUGAAAUCAGUGCCAGUAGACCUCUUUUGAAGAAACACACACACACACAAGCUGACGCACUCACGCACACACAGCGAUCAAGUUGCAUUGAGAGACUUUUUAUGUACUUGGGCUUUUACAGAAGGUCAGGAGCAGAUGUUAAAGAGGGGAAAUAAGAAAAGAUGAGAAUCUGUUAAGAGAACAGCUUAAUAGCUUUUAAAUGAAUGUGAAUAAACUGUGCACGCAGGACAGAUGGGUCCAAACAUGCCUUUACUUUGCUCUGCACUGGUUAAUGCCUCCUAGAUACAAGAGGCUGUAGACUUAGUAAAUGCUUUUAAUAAAGACUGUUCAUCAGUUCUGUAUCCAGGCAUGAUUCAUCAAAUCAAAUUUUAUGCAGAGGACUAUUUUAGAACAUCCCUGAAUGACUGUGCUCAUAUUUGACUGCUCACAAACACAUCCAAAAGGGACAUGCUGGUGUAUCAGAAGCAUGACAGGAUAAUAUGUGACAGUUGUACAUGGACAAGAGUUUUUCCAAAGCAGCUACUCCUCUAAAUUCUUUGCUUUUGAGGAAAGGGGCUUAUCUGAUUUUCUCAGUAAUACCUCCUUUUCCAUCUAAAGUCAUCUUCAAACUACUCCGUGGAAUUAAAUCUCAGCUCUGCCUCAGAAGAGCCUGUAAAAUUAAACGGACCCAGGAAUAGCACUCCAAAAAAACGGUGCUUUGAUAACUUAGUUAGCAUCUCAUAAAAGUUUUUUUGAGUUAAAAUUGGACUCAACAGAGAGGUCUUAAGAUAUGUUAGAAUGACUCUGUGGGCAUCAGUUUGUCCCAGUUAAUCAUUAACUUAAAAGUUCCAUUAAAAGUGUCCCAUCUAGCUUUACUAUAGAUAGAUAUACGUUAAAAUCACUUUUCACAUGAACAUAGUCACCAGUUAUUUCUGGAGAGUUCUUAGCAUUACAAGACUUUAACUUCUGCUGUUUUACCCGAGGUGACAGUUACAGGAUAAUCAUAUAAUAUAAAACAGUGUCAUAGCACAAGCUCAAAAAAGACAACUUAUCUUGUUAACUUGAUUAAACAUUGGUGGUUAGAAACUGAUUAUAAUGCCACUUAAGGUAAAACUGUAGAUGCACGACCAUUUUGAUUUAUUUAAAGUCAUUCUGUCAUAUAGACUGGGCAACUGUGUUAAUUGAGUCAAAGUAAAGAUACUUCAGGUGAGAUAUUACUUCAAUACAAAUGCAAACACAAACCAGCUCAGCUAGAUUACAGCUGGAGUUGCAGUCUGGAGAACUUGCUUUAAAAUAGUUAAAGCUCCUGGAAGGAACUUUCUCUCUGCUUUGAUUUUGGGGCCCCCCAUGGACAAUGUGGUAACUUUUACUUCAUUGUUGUUUCAUUUAGUCCUUGUAAAGUGGAAUUAAUUGUCAAGAAAAUAUACUCAUUUUGUCCACUCACUGUGACUAUUUGCUAUGGAAGAGGUAACAAAGUUUGUUUCCUCAGUGUAACUACCCCACAAGAACUUCAAUGAUUGUCUAUCAGAUUUUAGAAAAGAAAAGGAAAUAUCUCAGCCGACUUAUUUUACAAAUGUGGUGGAGUAAAAAUAAAAGAUUCUUCAAAAAUAGUACUCAAGAACAAAAAGAUGCUGAAAAAAAUAUACUUAAGAAUGACUCAGCAGUUAUCAGCAUACUGUCGAAUGUUUCUCCUAUGAAAUUUCAGAGGUUAAUCUUACUUGGAGAAGGACUAAUUCUUUGUGUUUGAGCACUUAAAAUUAUUAAAAUAGCCAACAUGCCCCAUGUAGGAUUAUUGUCUUAUCAAACCAUUGGGAUUCCCGGGACUCAUCCUUGUGGUUCAGGUCUGGAAUGAGAAUAAUGGGAUGAAUGUCAUUGACUGCAGGCUUGUUAACCGAGGACACCUGCUCAGCUGUGUACACAGGCGUUUUCAUGGCUUUUAGUGCACAGCAUAGCUCAGGUUGGUCCCAUGGUGAUUUCUGUGUAAGUUUUUUUUUGUUCGAGAUGUUCAUAAAACCUCACCCUCCUGUACCCUCACAGCGUGUUACUAAUUCUAAAGAAUGCUGUCAGUGUGAAUGAGUCCUAAUGGGACAACGCUGUGGGGCGCGUUAUUGUAAAUGAACUCACAGUGCAGACGAGACCUAUAAAAGUCGGUUGUUAUGGAGGGUUGUUUAACUUGAGUGUUCUCAUUAAAAACAGUCUCCAGCCAACAAAAUAAGUAUUUUCUCAAAGCAUACAUCAUGCAAUCAGGCACAGGGGGAAGGUGACUGUAAACUGUGUGUAUAAGAGUUGUGUGUGUGUGUGCACGCGCGCAUUUGGUAGAGGUUUAAUGGGUGGUCUGUGCAGCAUCACCUCUCUCCCUAAACUUACAUGAGCAUAAGGAUUUACUGUGUAAAGUCACUCCUCUGCUAGAUACGAAGUCCCUACUUUAUUAUUAAACCCCCAACAUGUGCCCUCACCCUCCACCUACAUCUGCAAGCAAUUGCUUCUUGAUGAAGAGCACCUUUCUGACCCUCGCCUCUUUCUUUGACUCUCUAUCUUCUCCCCCCUCUUUCCCUUGUCCUUGCCCCCUCCCUAACAACCCUUCUGCUUUCCUUUUUCAGCCACCACCCAAACUCUACUCACAAGUUUACCAUCUAACAAGGUCUCAAUUGUUCCUGAUUCUCAGAUCCAGCAGUGGGAGCAGAACCUGGAGAGGUUUAACAUGGACCUGUUCAGAAUGCGCUGCUACCUGGCCAGUCUUCAGGGUGGAGAACUUCCCAACCCAAAGAGCCUCUUGGCAAUUGCCAGCCGCCCCACCAAAACCACUCUGGGACGUCUGGGGAUCUUCUCUGUCUCCUCUUUUCAUGCGCUGGUGAGGAUGCCUCGAGCAGGCACUGGAUAGCUGUAUAAUGCAAACAUGCAAUGUAAAGUCAGGCCAUAAGUGCUCAUUUUAGAUUCCUCUCUGUGUGGGAUACUUCACUUUUCAUUUACUUGAUAUUUAACAAGAAGGCUUUAAAGUCUUGUAAUCAUUUGAAACCUAAAAGCCUCCUCCUGAAGACUUUCUAUAUGCAUCACUGGAGGAAAUUGUGGGUACUUAAGAUAGUCUGAUUAACUGGAAUACUCUGUUCAGAUAAAUGACUACAAAUCUGAUAGUUUGUAUCUGUUCAGAUCUGUUCCAGAGACGAGGCCACUCUCCGACGGCGCUCACUGUCCCUGACUCAUAGAGAACGUAAGAGGGGCCUUUUCUCCUCGAUCAAAGGUCUUGAUAACCUUACAAGGAGAGGCAAGAGGCCUUCUGCGUCACAGGUAUGACUUAUCACACAACAAAAACGAAACCAUGUUACAACUGCAACAUCUUUCUUUAUUUUUUGAAUAUACAAAAUCAAACACAGAAUGGCUCUUUCCAUGUUUAAAUUAGUGUCUAGACUUACUUCACAUCUGCUUAAAGCAAUGCUUCACUUAUGUUUAAUAAAUUCAGAUUUAUAUAAGCAGCAAGGGAGAGACAAGCAAGCUCAUUAGUAAUCUUUGAAAUCAAAAAGAGAUAUGGUAAUAUGAUAAAAGCUUACAUAAUGGAGUUUUAUCAGCCUUCUUGCAUUUUUGUCUGAUAGAAGCAUUUAGACCUGAAAUGACACUAAAUUACUUUUAUGAAUCCAAGACUAAUGAAAUCAGUGUCUUAGGCAGAUCAGUAUGCAGUUCUGUCAUCUCUACAUUUAAUCCCUCAGUGUACCAAGUUGCCUUUACCCUUUCCUGUCCCUUUACAGUAGUUUCUCUUGGGGAUUCAUAAAAGCACCCUAAAUACUUUGCUCUUGACUUUCUAUGUGGCAAUCCCAUCCCUUUUGUGGGCAUUACAUAUCAUUCUCUUGUCUGUUUUUCACCUGAGAAUAAUGACGAGUUAACCUGAAGCAGCAGCAGCUCUCUACAGUGUUAGAAAUAAUGUAAUAAUGAAUACAUGAAUAAUGUAAAUUUUAUAAUUACAUAUAUGUUAUGUAGGGCUGUUAUCAACCAAAGAAAUUUUGGUCGACUAAAACCCUGAAAUUUUUUACCAAACAUUGACUAAUCGGGUGGGAUUUUCCGACUUUGAUGGCGAGUGAUGAAGCUGCUCGGCAGAGCGCGGUUUGGCGGGGGUGAAAAUAAACUGAUGUCAGCACAAGAAGGCAAUUAAACACAAAUAUUAUAUUCAGCAAUCCACCGGACAUUGGUCAAGGUGGACGCUCUUCAAUCUUCCUGUCUCCAUUCGGUCUCCAGGGGGUUGGGAGAAUCCCAAAUGGCGAAAACAGGGGUGGUGUUCUGAGACAGGCUGUUACCUGUAAAACAGGGGUGCUCUGGGAACACCUUCAUCAGCACUUGGUACUUUCCUCCUAAUGAAAUUAACCAUAGACUGUAAAUUGAGGUGGGAAAAAAAUCAAAUCCAGUCGAAUUUUGGUUGACUCAGCAUGUAUCGACCAAUAAGUUAAACAGUUGACUAGGACUUUACAGCCCUAAUGUUUUGUAAAUCAGCAUUUCCUUUUUGAGGUUUCAGUAAAAAGAAUUUCAUAGCAUAAAACAAAAGAUUUACUUAUAGUAACCACACAAUACUUAAGUAAAUACGAGGAGAACCUGCACUUACUUAUUCUGCUUCAGGUACUGAGUGAAACUCUUAGCAGAUCGUUUAUAUGCAGGAUUAUGCAUUCAGAAAACAGAACUAACCACCAUACACGUAACAUCAGCAUGCAGAAUUUAUAACCAUGUAUGUACACAGUGCAAAUGUACACCGCACACGUAUGUCUGUGAGCUCAUACCCAGUCUCUGGGGAUGGAGUGCUAAGAGGAGCUGUGUCUUACUUGCACCGUAAGAACACAGUGUGUGUGUAUUGUUAAUGAAACAACGUGGAAAACAUUGGGCUUUAUUGCUGACUUGCAUGUAAAAUGCCUGUGCUGACAUGAAAGAAGCCAGGGAUUGGUACAGCCAUGCAGCAGCCCUUUCAGCACAUUUUCCCCCUGAGGAGAUUUUAUUAAUUAGAAGCACACUAUCUCCCAUCACCCCCUUCUUCUUCUUCCUGCUAAGUUUGACUGUGCACCUCCCAUCAACAUAAACACAGAGGGGCAUUCCUCACCCAGGUGCAAAGGGGGAAGUCUAAAUCCUCUCUGGUUAGUAAUUAGACUUCAACAAGCUGGUUAUUUAUUAAUACAGAAAUCUUCUGCUCUCAAUCCUGAAGGUACGGCCCUGGAGAAUAUUCUCCUCUUGGUGGUCUAUUUUCAGAAUCGCCACACAGGAAUCACUCAUUUGCCGAAGUCUUUUCUAGACCUCUGAUCAUUAAUUCAGAGUCAUGCAGAGAAGAGGCUGGGGUUUUGAUUAGCAGCAGUCUACCUUCAUUUUUCUUGAUGCUGUGAAGCCAAUAUGGAGCCUCAUUGUUGUUGAGCUCACACAGCUAAGAGCCAAUCAUGUUCUUCACUUGCAGCUCUUACUCGGGACUGCCUCCAAAAUGUUCCCUGUCCUGUUUCACUCCUCUUAUCUCGCUCACCCAUGCCACCACCUGCCCUGUGAUAUUUAUGUUUGGGCAUUUGGGCACGUCUCUCAGCGACUAGGUAUGCCUGUGUGUGUGUGUUAUUAUUUUUCAGGGGAACUCCAGCCGGCUGCUCUAAUGAGGCCCGGUUACAUUUUGCAGUGCAGAAGGCCGAGGUGGCGCUGCAGCUCACACAUGAAUUAUUGAAAGCCAUAUGUGGUAGAUGGCAUUCUCCACUGUUUCCUCAGUCCCACAGACUCUAGCAGAUGGUUGGUGUAAAGACACUAAAUAUUCAACAGCCUCCCUUUAUUCCCCCAUGUCCUUCUUCCGUUACAAGCUCAUUUUAAAGCUUUUUUGGCAUUUUCGUCACUAAAGGAGUCAUGGGGAGCAAAAAUGCUGGUGAACGCUGAGGUUCCCUGCUUUCCUGCUGUUGUCGUGUUGCUUUUUGAGUAGAAGAAGGGUAAGUGUGAUAUAACUUACAGGUUUCAGGUGCCUUCUUCGCUCACUCGAGAUUACAUCAUGGGCUCUUUGGCUCUACCGAUGAAACACAUGUUCACUUGAGCAGGAUUUGGAAAGCAAUCCAGUCUGAGGAGCCAAACUCUCCUCCAUGCACUUAAAUCUGACUGCUGCUUCUCCAAGAUUUGGGGUAUCUUCUUUGAGGUCUUUCCCCAUUCCUCCAACUCAAACACCCACCUCAAUCCCUCUCACUUAAAACCCAAAUUUAAACCCAGUCCUUUCUACAGUUUCUCCCACAGUUUGUCUUCCCCUUUCCCCUUUCGUGUUGUGCCGUCUCCCAAUCCCCCUCGUCUCUCAGAACAUAAACAUAAGAGAGUCAGAAGGCGGCUCUUCUCCCACAGUUUCCACACUGACUCAUCUGUGUUGACUAAGACUAAAUCUCAUUUGCCGCUGCAACUCUGGUCCUGACAACCUUACCCCUAAGUCUUUUUUCUCCUCCCUACUCCUUUCCUCCCGUUUUUCUCAUCUGUCAUCCGUCUUAAGAGAGCUCUGUGUAUACAGUAAGGAAGGAGCUGGCCGGCGGUCGGCUGUGGGAAGUAGGCCAGGAAGGUCCGAGGAUUUGUGGGAGAGAUGGUAAAGCUUUCUAAAAUUAGUCAGUUUAUGGUGAAGCAGCACUGUUUACAGCCACUUUAUAAAUGCACCCGUGUUUUGGAGGGAGAGUUACUGCGCCCUUCUGAUCAGAGGUCAGAUGAGGGUUCUCACUACCAUAACAGGAGUGGUUUUUCUGAUUUGUGAGGAAAAGUCAUCGGAGAAAAGUAAUCUUCAUCCUCAGGAUAAAGGAUUGUGUUUUCUUUUUUUUUCUAUACACCCCUUUGCAAGUGUGUUGUGCAUAAAAGAAGGGGAAAUUCAGCUUCAGUUCUGUUAAUUUCAUGGGAAAACAAACACUUCUCAUACAAAAUGCCCCGUUUCUGUCACCAGCCUUGCCACCUAUCAUGCCACUCCUGCCUGGUGACAAAGUAUCACAGCCAAAGCUGUUAACUGCCCCUUUCUGAGUGAGGAUCAGAGUUACGCCCUCACAUAACAGAUGACUCUGUGUCAGCGCUGUAUUAUGGAGUUGUUAAAGCCCUCUGGGGCGGCAGAGUCACCUCCAGUUCUGGGCUUAGCCAGACACAACACGCCGUACAAUCGUGAGCAGGUGGAGGAAGAUAGGAUGGAUUAAGAACAGAGAGGUUCAACUCUGGGUGGUGGAUGUGGAGAUGGAGGGGAGGAAGGGGGGUGUCCACCUCUCAUCUGUAACCGGACUGUGUCCCCCUUUCAUCUCUCUGCGACAGAGAAACCACAGAGUGUCCCAACACACCCCCUUUACUUACACAAACCCACAACAGCACAGCACAUUUCUGCCACUGCACCUUCAAAGGCCGAAGACGCGGUUUGGAAGCAGAAUCAAAGUGCUGCACUCACCACAUGUAGUUUUUAAUUACCUCCAUUAUAGCACUGUGUGUGUCUAAUAUUGUGUUUCCGAAGCGGCUGGGCACUUAAUCGCUCAUGAGUCAAUCAGUGUGGUUCCUCGCUGUCUGUACUUUGACACUUUUCUUUCUCUUGAUUUCAGAUUUUUGAGAGCGAUGCUGGAGGUCAAGCGUAUGUCCUCCCUCCCAGGAGCACCGAGGUGAGUCAUAGUCUUCACUAACUUUGUCUGCUGCGGUUUCGGGAUCUUUGAUAUAUCUUUUAAAAAUUCCUUUGCCAUCUGUCAUAUCCAUCCUGUGGUACCGUUUUAUGUGCCGAAUUAUCUGUUUCAGCGUGAAGUAGCCGUGUCAGAAACGGACCCAGUGUUACUCUGACCUCCGCUGUCUCUCAGGGCUUUGAUAGUGAGCUGUGUAAAGAUAUUUUUCACACACAGGGGAUCAGAAAGUGUGUGUGAGUCUGCCUGUGCAUAUUACACGCCAAGGAUCAAAGCAAAGAAGCCUUUCAUGUUGAUCUGCUGAUGUCUGAAAGAUAAAUAGACACCAUAGGGAUUCUUACUGGACUUGAAUGGUGGUUAGAGUACCACAUGGACAGGGCUUCAGCUCUCAGCAUAAUUGAGUUAAUGGAGGGUCUUGGGCUUGGAUAUAGACCAGAAUCACUAAUUAAAAGCCUGCGUUUGUGUGCUUGUAUUUUUUUCAAUAUGUUAAAAGAUUGAUGUGUGUCAGUUUUGAACAUCUGAGUUUACAUUUGAACUGCAGCAUUAUCAUGUGGUGAUAUAGUUGCAUAAGGGAAAAAGUAAAAUAUCUGGAAAUAAAAAUCGAGCUGAAGCAAAGCAAGCUUUUGCUCGAUUUAGCCUAUACAAUGGAUACUUCUAGGUCAAAUGUUUUGUUUACCUCGCAUUCAUGCUUGUGUGUUAAAAAUUAUGCCAAAUUCAGAAGCUGCAUACAAACUGAAAUCAGGAAAAACAUAAACUUGCUCUGAAAAAAGGUGACAAACACCAUAAAAAAAAAAAAUAAUAAUAAUAAAAAAUAAAAUAAUAAUAAUAAUAAUAAUAAUAAAAUGGGCAGCUAAAACUAAUAAUAUGAAUAGCUGACAAGGUUAAACAAGAGGUAUGCAGGCAAUACAAUAAAUAAAUCAUGCAUCAUGUAAAGGCAAGUCUAAAAAAGUGAGUUUUUAAAAUGUGAUUUAAAAGAUGUUAAAAUGCUUAACUUCUAUUUUGUUUUUUUGAUUGGACGUCUUGAAGAAUUCCCACCAAUAAUUUUAAAUCAGUCUUUAUUUAUAGAGCACCAAUUGACAACGAAUGUUAUCUCAAGAUGCUUGGCAGAAAGAGCUGGUCUAGACCAUACUCGUUAACAAAAAAAGAUUGAGUACAAGAUCAGACCCACUCCUGUCCCAUCUUUACCUGCUUGAGUGUGACACUUUCAAGCAUUAAGCGAGUUACAGCCGCAAGAAAAAACGUCCUUUAAACAGGCAGAACCAGAAUCAUGUAAGACAGUCAUCUGACCCUCCUGUAUUUAGAGAGUUUAGGGUUUAGAUAGAUAGAUAGAUAGAUAGAGAACUUUAUUAAUCCCCGAGGGGAAAUUCGGUUGUUGUAGUAGCCGAUACAAGCAAUACAGAGAAAUACAAAAAAUAGAUAAAAUAUACAAGACUAUACAAGACUAUACAAGGUAAUGAAUGAAUAUGAGUACUUAAAUAGUAUGUACUAAGAUGAAUGAAUCUGUAAGUGUAGAUGUGCAAAGGAGAAAUGUGCAAAAGUGAUAAAAAUAUUGUACGAUACUUAUAUGUGCUUAAUAUAACUUAAUUACGACCUAAGCAUGUGUACCCGUAUUUAUAACAACAAUGUAGGAAUGGCAGGCUAGUCCAUGUAAGUGACUGUGGCUCUAACAGGGGUUAGAGGGAGGAUAGAGAAAGAGAGAGAUGGAAAGAAUAACAACAAUGCUCAGUACAAGAGCAAAUAGCUCCUAAAAACCUCAGAUGCUGUUUUUUUACACUUACAUUUAGAAUUUUAGGCCCAUCACCCAUCCUGAUGAGGUCGAAUCUACCAUUUGACUGAGCUGAUUUGAAGUAAUACUGACCCAGACACUAAUGUCAUGAGUGUAUGCUGCGUUUAGAAAAUGUUCAGUAUUUUACUUUGCCUUAAGAAAUCCUCUUUUUGCACUAUUCGCAGAUGUGUUCCUCCUCUGUGUUAAACCCUUCCUGUGGCUUAUCCUCAGGCAACUGUAUGCCAGUCUUUGCUUCACAUUUGACAAACAUUCUCCCUGACUCUAGUGAAAGGAAAAAAAUAGAGAAUAUCCCCCCAAAUAUUGAAUUAUUGCUUUAUUUGGGGAUGAUUCUGGCUGCAGCCCACUUGUAGACAAGACUCUGCAGUAUUAUUUGACAACUGACUUAAUGAAUUAAAACAUCAAAUGAAGAUUCUUGAAGUGUAGCUUCUGUUCUGUCUUCAAGUAAAGAGAUUCGAGAGAAUAUUCUCGCAGCAUUCUGUGACAGUCUGUUUUAUUAAUAUCUUAGCCUGUUUGUUCCUUAAAAUGAAAACAUAUCAAAGCUUUCUUGGAUCAACGUAUGAAUUACCACACUGACACAUGAGGAGAAUGGACACAUUAAGACAGAGCAGGGCGGAUGUUAUUUAGAUGUCUGUUACACAGGAAGGAGUGAUUCAUAGUAUGGGUCGGCGGUGAAUGGGACAAGUGUUAAAACUGCCCCAUCGAGGGCCUUGAAAUGGACUCAGAACAGGAAGUGGCUCUGGGGAACAAUAGUGGCCUUCACUGGGUUGACACUUUGAUGUUUGUUAAAAUGUGUCUGAGUGUUUCCAAGUGUCUCCUGGAUUUGGACGUAGAAAACAGCUUGUCACUAGUAUUGGUUUGAUUUAGUGCGGAUUAAGACUCUUCAGGGUGGAAUCAAGGGAAAGAGAGAGGACUGGACAGUUGUAUUGAUUUUUGUCUGCACAUACAGUUCUUCAGCUCAGUCUUGAUUACUGUUGUCCUACUCGGGUCUUAAAUCCAAUGAAUUACACCAAUAAGCAGUCAUCUUCCCCUUAUCCUACACUGUGAAGUCCAAGGAUGUGUUUGUUUGCAUGUGUGUGCCCAUACUGGGUUGGCGUGAAGCAAAGCUGGUUAUGUUGCAUAAAGCACAGAGACAUAUAUCUAUAUAGGAUGAACCUGUCAAUAAAGUAGCAGCGUUGGAGUCCAUAGAGGUUAAAGUAGAUUUCACAGUGCCCGGCUUAGUUUUGCUCUUCAGGGCCUCCAUCCACCCACUCUCUCUCGGUGGAGUGACUGAACAUGUAAAAGUCCAGAAGUCAUAUCAUUUUCUGUUUCUCACUCUGAGUUUCUUUUGAGAAAGUCGCAUAUAAAAAAUACAUAUUCCAAAAUUAAUUCCAGCUCAGGGAAAUGCAGGGAAAGAUUCAGGUUUAUCUCCUUCUCCGUUUCUGUUUCUGCAUUACUACCUGACAUGACUGUCAAAUUUUACCACUCUUGUUCAUGAAAUACUGAUCCCUCCUUCCGUAUCACCACCUCUCACUGCACUCCAGUACCCACGCCUGCUCUAACUGUGAAGUAAAUUCUGUGGAGCAGGCGGCAGUGCUCACCAAUAUGGGCAGAACAGAACAGAACAGAAAGGGCGUAUUUCCUCAGCAGCCACUAACCGUCCGGUUUCUCCACAUUCCAUCUUUAGAAGCUCCAGGGUGGAGGACCACUUGCUUGGAAAUAAUUUCCACACGUGAGAGGAAAGAUUGAAGUUUGGGGUUGAAUUAUUUAGCUGAAUGCGAAUGUAAAUAGAGAAGACACUCCAACCACACAGAGGACACGUUCAGGCGCGGCGCGUGCCUGGACCAGACUCCUGGCAGCCCCUCAUGGAACGUUGACCAGGCAACCGUCAGCCUCUUGUAGCCCUCCCUGACCAUGAAUGAGUGUUCAGUGUUACUCAGCUGCUGGUCAGGUCAGUACAGGCGACCAAAUCUUCCUUUUCCAGUCACGCCAUGUUGCUGGGACACAAACAGGACUGUUAUGCAACCAGUUGCCAUGACUGCUUGUUUUUCACCCUCUGUUUGUAAGCAUGACCUCAUCUGGUGGGGGCUGAAGUGGUACCUUGUGUUCCUCCAUCCUUAUAAAUGAGUGGAAGAGUUUUGGAGGAAUAUAGGUGGCUUUUAUUUUAAAGUGAUUCACCAAGAAGUGAAGGUGACAUCUUAAUGAAUAAUGAGGCAAAUGUUUGUGUUUAUCUGAGUACAUUAAGACUGGUUCUUCUGCCUUUCGUAGGUCUUUGCUAGUCUCUUUAGACCUCUUUUAUGGCAGGAACAAAAAAGUCUUUCCCUCUCAAGGUGAUGCAUCAGCAGCAGGCAGCCAGAAAAGCUCACACACAUGCUCAGUCUACAAGAAACCUCAACACGCACUCACCAAUUUCCAUUUUUAUGAUCCCGUAAUGUUUUUUAAACAUCACUUGAUAUCUACAGCGAUUCAGUGAUGCAUUUAUCCCGCUCAGUCCAAUGUUUGAAUUAAAGCAAGAAGUCAUAUCGUCUUUGCAAGAAGUGCUGAAUCACUGAGUUUCAGAGCAGUUGGUGUGUUUGAGUCUUUCCUCACGAUAGAGGGACUUGAUAAUUGCGGUUUAAGGCUUCACUGUGGUGUCUCCCACAGCCCCUAAACGCAGCUGUGGCACUUUUCCCUCCAGAGACACAGAGUCGCGACCAAAAACCCCCAAAUGACUGCCUUUGAGGCAGAGCCGAGGGCUAACCCCCCACCAUAAUCCCCAUCUCUAACCUCACUGUUAAUGCCACCAAAUAACAAUCAUUUUCAAAUGACAGAUCUGAAAGUUUGACUGAUUUGAAAAUUAGAUAUUUCUAUUUACCACCUCAGUGGAAAUAACAUGUGUGGCUUUGAAAAUCCAAUAAGUCUCAGGGAACUGCAUAGAUCCCAUCAUCAGAGAUGUCCAGCCCUGUAGGUCGACCGUUGACAAUCAUCUUGUGUACACGGUCGUUAUAAUGACUUUAAUGUGGAGCAACUGCUGUCCAUGUUGUCAAAUGAAUUUCUGAAAGGCUAAUUGUAUGACAUCUUUGAUCCGCUGCUUGAUCCUCAGCCAAGCAUUUAGACUAAUGGAACUGUAUUGAUUCGGCACUGUUACUCAAAGUUUACCUCUCUCUCUCUCUCUCUCUCUUUCUGUAUCUCUCUCUCUGGUUACCUCCUUCUUCCCCCUUUUCUCUUCAUUAUCUGCCUCUUACCUUCUCCUGUCUUCUCUCUCCUUUUCUACCCUGUUUUGCUUUCACACAGAGGCUAGACGUGUUGACCAGUAUCUACUCUAUGUCGCCCCCUGAGGGCGGUGCGUGGGACAGCAGCAGUGGAGGCAGGAAUGUGCUGAUGUGUGUCCACAUGCCAGACCAGCUGACGGUCCAAGUUGCCAUCAGAAGAGAUCAGACAGUAGCUGACCUUCUCUCUGCGGCCUGCAAGGUCAGAGCAGAGAGUGAUGACAUGUCAACAAUUGGGCUGUCAAAAUGAUGUUUGAAUGUUGGUUUUUAAAUAUAACACAUAGGUUUGAACAAAUUCGAAUAUCUAGCUUACACAGCUUGCAUAUAACUUUAUUUUGAUCAGCAUUUUUUCUGUCUACCGUGUCUGCCCAACAUCCGAAGAUUUUCCAAAUGUAGCUUCUAAAGUUCGUUGGAGUCCAGACCACUCUUUCCGAGUUUGGCUCCGAACAUCCCGACAUCUCUUUCUGCAUGUGCCAUGGAUGUUUUUUUUUGUUGAGUCUCACUGCAGGUGCAGCUCCUGUGACCUGUCCCUGGCCUGUCGUUACAUUGUGCUCACUCGCAAAGUAGCUGCUGUUUUUUUUUUUUCUUUUUUUUUUCCCCACUCAGUUUUUUCCGUUUAUUUAAUAUUUGAAUAUUAACUUUCACAUUUGAAUCUGUUUUUUUUUUAAAUAUUUGAAUAUAUAUUCAAAUUUAAAAUAUUCGUUGACAGCCCCACUCAACACAACAGCAUUUUCACAUCCCCGACAGUUAAGCACAUAAAUUUAUACAAGUGGUGAUAUGUCUGUUGGAUUCAGUCGAGACUUUUCUAGGCUUAGAUUUAUUCGUUUUAGUGGGAUUUUUCUUUUGUAAUGCAAAGGAAACCUCAAAGUUAAUUCAAGUUAGAGAUUUUCAGCGAUGUCAGGCAAGGUCUUGUAAAUGUUUUAAUAGUCUUUGUCUAAGCAUCUCUAGCAGAAGCCGGUAUCUGUUAUGCUUCUAGGAACCAGGAGAAAAGCAAAACACACAAACACACUCUGUAGUCCCUCGUGUCAACCAUCUGAGUUGACCACAGGUUUCUCAUAGCUAAGUGUAAACUCUCUGAAUAAUUCAGGCCUUGACCAUCCAGCAGAUGUCAGACAAAGCGUUGGUGCGUGAAAUAUAUCUGAUGAUUGUGUGGAUCCAGGCUGCUGGACAUUAAGGGGCUCUUGUUUAAACAGGUGAAACACUUGGACCCAAGUCUGCACUGCCUCCGGCUGCACAGGCAAGUUGAGGAGGAAGAGGAUGUAGAGGUCCGAUAUGUGGCCCCUGAAGAGCGCGUAUGUGAUCUGGUGAGUGGGCAAAAAUCACACACAAAAGUACACACUGAGCUUGAUUAUCUUCCACUUAAUUACUGUGUGUUGAUUUGUUUGGUAUCCCCCUGUAGGUCAAUGAUCAGUUGGAGGUGGUCCCAGCUAAUGUGUUUACGCUGCACAUGAGCAGACAGAGCGGGAGUGGAGACUUUGGUGAGUCGGCCACAUUAGGGGACUUAUUAAGGUCAAGUGUUUAAAAUUCUAUAUGUGUUACCUGAGUAGAUGUGAACUUCAAGUUUGUCUCUGUCUUAGUGUUUAUUUCUCUUCCUCCUGCCAGGUUUUGCAAUAACAGGACACAUAGACAGCCAGAGAAACAGCCGGAUCUUUGUCAGUGAAGUGCUUCAUGACGGACUGGCAUUCAAUGAAGGUGCUUCCUCCUUUGAGAGUGAAAAACAAUGCUUCCUUAAAAAGGACCAUCACAUAUGCUUGUUCCUGAAACACACACUUCUGUUCUCACAGGCCUGCGUCCAGGUGAUGAGAUCCUCGUCCUGAAUGGCCAGUGUGUGUCCGGCCUGGACCUGGCACUGAUCCAGACGCUGUUUGCUGAAGAAACCCUGCACCUGAGCCUGAGGCGGGAUGGACCCCUGCCGACUACUCUGACCUCAAACCAUACAGCUCCCGGUUUCAGACACUUCCAGGAGGUUCGCAGCAAGCACCACCGAGCGAAAUCCUCCUCUGGUGAGUACAAUCACACAGAACCUUUUUAGAUCCAGAUGAAGUGGAAAUGCACUCAUACUAAGAGGCACUUAAAGAACCGCUAGAUAAUAAAACUGAUUAUUAGCAUCCCUUGUGUGUGGCAGAUGGUGAGAGACACAAAAGGAGAAACAUUUCAGAUGCUGUGAAAUGCUUGGCACUCCCAUUGAGGUAGCACCUUCUCAGUUCUGUGUCCAUAUGAAGGCACCGCUUCACUUGUUUCUCUGUAAGCAAGCUGUGCCGUUCCCCCUGUGAAAGACCUACAUUAACCUCUAAGUGAAAGCCCAGUUUAACUUUUGAAUAACACAUUGUUUAGGUAAUCUGAUGAGUUUUCCAGCCCUAUCUCUUCAACCAGGCGACUGUUAUUCAAAUGUAAAAGUUGCUCAAUGAGCAGUUACACACAUAAGCAAAUUUGUUGAAAGAGUUGGCAGUUUUUUUUUUUUUUUGCCUAACCCACAAACAGAUACCACACUUCCUCCCCAGUUACGAUCUUCUCAGAUCUUUACUUCCUCUUAAGAAGCUGAUCCGCUUCCUUUCCUGUCAAAAGUCUAAAGAAGAAACACAGCAGAAGAAGAAGAAGAAGAAGCCCUAGAUGAAUUCUCACAGCUCUGUGUGUCCUGGGGGAGAAGAGAGGCUGUGAGGGGUGUUUGACCGCGGAGGGCUCAUUAUCUCAGUCUUUGUAUAGUAUACUGUCAGUUCGAUUUAUUCUCAAAGCUGACAAGAGAUGUCAGAGCUGAGCAGUAAGGUCGUCUGUGUCGCUGGACAAACACAGCUGAUACCCAGCAGGUAGAGAUGCAUUUAUUUGUUUUCUCAAUCUACGCUCCAAAGGUAAGAAGGAAAAGAUUAGAUUAGAUUAGAUGCCAUUUAGAUGAAGUGACUGCAUUUUCUUUCAACUGAGUGAAAAUAUAUAGAGAAAGAAAUACUGUUUGGCACCAGCAGGUAGUGCAGGAUAUGUAAAAUGUAAAGUGAAAGUGUAAGUGAGAAAUGCUUAAAUUAAACAGCUGGAGGUAUGUUGUAGAUACAGUGUAUACAUCAUGUACUACAUCUGUAAUCUGAGGUAAAAUCAAGUGUAAGAUUUGAUACGGUUGUUGUUUCUUUGAGAGAAUUUGACAUGGUCUCAGAUUAGAUCAGAUCAGAGGACUCAAUUUGGAACCAUGGAAAUUCCUCUUAUGUUGUCAGGAAAAAUCGGAUACAUGACGUCAGACACAAAAACCUCCUGUUUAGUAACCCUCAACCACACAGGAAAAAAGUGGUGUGGCAUGGUCUCAGGUUAAAGUAAAAGGGGGGAUUUAUUUUUAAAGUUUCAUAUGAUAUUUUUUAGACAGAGCAAUCUAAAUUAGAACAAACUGAGGUCUAUGACAAACCUCCAGAAUUUGGAAAUGGAAACAGGUUGAUGUACAGUGCUCAGCAUAAAUGAGUACAUCCCUUCAGAGUUGUUAGAAAACCUUUGGUUUCCUUUCAAAAUCAACAAUUCUAAUGUCAAACUAUACAUCAAAAUACCCUCUCAAAUGUAGGCCAUUGAUUGCAAACAAGAUUUUUUACAUUGCAUACCAAAAAGGUAUUUUUUCAGUUUAAAAUCAGGAUGCUAAAAUGAGUACACCCCAAUCAAAGUUCUGGGAGCAAAGCUAAAUUUUUGUGACCAUAUCGCCCUUAUUUUCAUCCAAUGGUAAAUAAAAUGUUAUGUUAAACUCAGCUUUGUCAAAACUUUGGAAAUUGUACUUUUGCUCUUCUACUGGACGUACUGACUUAUGCUGGGCACUGUAUAUCUUUAUUCUGCUUAAUUUUUUAAAUUAAAACACAUGUAAAUGCUCAGAAUCCAAUGCCAGCAUUCACAAUAUGACUUCCUUGUUGAGCAUUGACAACAGCCCCCCAAAAAAUAAAACAAUAGGUUUGAGAAAAAUGGAGAGUGUCAUUUUAAUGAUAGCAAUUCAUUAGCGUUUCCUCCACUACAGCCAUAAUUGAACACAAAGGAAUUAAUGACUUGAAGGCCUCAUUACAGUAAGUGGUGUGAUCAAAGAGCCUGCAGUUUUCCUCUCCGUCUCAAGAGGGCAUAUGAUCCCAGGCAGGCUGAUAAGGAGGCAGGGAGGUAAAUGCCGACAGAGGGGGAUUUACACUUGCAUGACUUUCAUGAUAGCAUUCCUCAAAGGACGACAUCUGUCAAGUCAAUUCAUUCAGCCUGAUGCAAACAAAUCAGACAAGAGAAUCGAAUUCAAAAGACUGGAUAACUGUAACUCUGCUCCUGCAUCUUGACAUUUAGUUGACAGGGAUCAUCAGAGGGAGAAGUUCCACGAGAGAUUCUCAAGUUUUCCUGUUUUCUCUGUCAAGUUAAUCAAUUUGGGGAAGGGUUUUAAAAGGUAACUAAGAUAAUCUCAGGUUUCUAGGAUGGUUCACAUGGAGAAUCAGAUGUGAAGUUUUUUUUCCAGUCAAAGAGAUAACAGAGUCUUGAACUGGUACUGUCUCACUCUGUUUCUUUUUAAAGGCUGAAUGCCACUGCUAUAUUUGUACCAGAGACAUAUUUUAGUUCAGAGCGACUGGCAGGCAUCCAUGAUGGUUUUUAGACCAAAACUGGUCAGCAUUGUUUCGUCCUCUGUGGUCACAGUGGAAGAGUGAGUUUCAGCAAAAAAAUAACCUUACAGUGCGGAUGAAAUUAUGGGUGGUAUGGGUGUGAAGCACGUAAACCCACAGAAACAACAAAUGCAUGAAGUGACAUGUAAGCUGAUAUUCUACCUGUCCUUUCUGUCUGUCUCCAGAUGUGUGCACUGCAGCAGAAAAUGAUGCGUCCCUGUGUGUAGGACUGGAGAAUGCUCACUCGCACUGCACACGCAGGCCUGUUCAGCACAGCAAGGUAGGAAAUGGAAGUGUGUGUCUGUGCGAUACAGAGGAAGUUUAUCUAUUGUUUCUUGCGUUACACUUCUACCGACAGCGUUCUUCUUUCCUUCCUUUUGUGUGCGUGUUCGUGCCCACUCACUGUGGCAGCUGUGAGGCUGUCACAAACUAGACUGGCACCAAUCCUUUGCAUUACCAUAAUUAGGAUACUCCAUCAUAGCCACGGGUGUAAACACAGCUUAUUACUGUCAUGCAGACUGAGAGAUGAGGGUGUGUCACACUCCCACCGCAUCCUACACAAACUCACACACAUUCACAUGAGUACAUGCUGGCCCUGGGGCAAAGCCAAAUCUCUCAGGAAAAAAAAAAAAAAAGGAUUUCUUAGAUGCUCCUGUCAUCUUCAACUUACUGUCAGAUCAGUUUUUUACAUGUAUGGCUUUAGAUAUGUUCCUGUUCGGGUGACAUUUUCUUGCUUUUGACACUGCUGGUGUUUGUUUGUCCUGGCUCUGGUUCAAAAACACAAACUGUACCCUGCGAUUGUUAAAACCCUUAAUUUCCUCUCAAAUCAGUUGUAAAAUAAAAAGCCCCUCUAUAAAUAUGCCAAAUGCUCGUCCCUGAGGAUUUAUGGCAGAUUGCAUGCCUAUUUCUGUCCUUUCUGUUGUUGAAUAUCCGGUCCGGUUUUUGAUAUGUAAACCAACUUUUAUUGAAGUCAUUAAACUGAGCGUGAGCAGAUCCCGUUGGGAGUUAUGCCUCAGCGCCGUAGUAAUGUAAUAGGAGAGUGUGUACGCUUGUGUUUAUUGGGAGCGGUAAUGAGUGUGUGUGGUCAUCACAGAAAGCUGUGUGUUAAUGAUGUGGACAUGGCUAGGUGCCUGAGAGGGGAUGCGUGUGCGUCAAUGCGUGUUCACCUUCUCUUGCCUGGCUCAGCUUAUAUUUUGUCCUUUGGAGAUUGGAGUCUGCAGACGUUGUCAGCAAAGUGAGUGCAUGUUUGGCACCAACCUCCUCAUUAUGUAAUAAAUGAAAAAGGAGGGGAUAGGCAGUCAUGUUUAGCUCGUUCCAUUAAUGAUUCAUUGAUACUAAAUCCAGGCCAAAUAUCCAGAAAGCAUUGCUAAUUGCUGUGGCUGCUAUGACUUCAAUCUAAUUGCCUGUGUCAGAAGAUGCCGUGCAGUGUCUGACCCCAGGUCAGCCAGGAGGUGGAUUCGAGAGGACAACCGGCCUUCUUCUACUCUCUCUUUUCUGGCUCUAUUCAUCUCUCUUUUUGUUUGCCCGGCGACGUGAGUCAGUCCCCUGCGCUGAGAUCUGCACUGCACCACUGCUGCUGAUGCUCAGCUUUCAGCCGAUUGUCAUUUACAGAGGAAUGAAUGGGAGAUAGGUGUGUGUGUAUGUGUGUGUAAGGGAGGGAGCAAGGGAAGGUUUAUGAAUGUGUGUGCUUAUGUCACUGCAUACAUGCACGUUUUGAGCCACAAAAGGGAGAAAAAAAUCUGUCAGCCUCCACCGAGGAGAGUCAACCACUGUGAAAGCGAUUAAAAAAACACAGGGAGAGAUAUUGGGGCUGGUAAAUCAGAUUUUUGCUGUCACGUAGAGCAGAAUUUAAUCACUGCAGGGCCAUCAGUUUGUUCUCUGGGGCGGGGAGAGAGAAAUAUCGAGUCACCGGGUAGAAAAUCAGCCAUGUAUCAGCAUAUAGGUGCACACAUGCGCGCACACACAGCAUAGUGAAAGUCAAUGGAGAUGGAUGGAAGGGAGGCACUAAUUUCAAGCUUCUUGUCGCACCCUGUAAUCGGCUUCCUCACUACACGGAAUACCUUUGAUUAAUUGGUCCGUUGCAUUCCAAUUUAUGCUUAUUACGCUGGAGAGAUAUGCAUACGUGUGUGUCUGUGUGUGUGUGUGUUUGAGGUGAAGCGCUUGCUAGGCUCAGUAAACACAGUUUACCAUAGAGGGUUGAUUGUGCCUUUGAGAUACCUUAUGAUACUUUGGUGCACUGUUGAAAUUAGUUUAACACAAUGUUGUGGUAAAAUUAUAAGCUUAACCAAUCAAUUAUAGAGUCGGUUCAGGAUAACCCCCAUGAGUGAAUUGGAAUUGAUUUGACAUGCACUGCUUUUGUAAAGUAAUUCAUUCAUAAGCGUUCAUAUAACCGAAUAGAACAGCUUCUUCUCAUUUGCUUAUGCGUCACUUAAUCUCCACUAGAUCAGCCACUGAGGAGAGGCAUGAUAGGGAUUUGUUGGCAGGCAGGUCAUCAUCACAUUCUCACGCAUACAUGUGAACACACAAACCCAUAGUGUACAGGCAGGAGACAGAUGGAAGGACGUGGGAAGUAAUCUGGCAUGAGCUGGUGCCACCACAUGGAGCCAGUCCACUGUUGGAAACACACACACACACACACACACACACACACACACACACACACACACACACACACACACACACACACACACACACACACACACACACACACACACACACACAUAUAUAUCCAUGUCCAAUAAACCCAGUAUCUUUGGGACCAUUUGAUUAUAUAAUAAGCCAGUGACUGGAACAUUCAGGAAAUUAAAAGUCAGAUUUAACAUCGAUAGAAGGCGUUAGAUACGACCGAUUAUGAGGGCCACAUUAGGGGAAAAAAAAUUGAGACUUUGAAAUUAAAGUCGUUAACUUACAGGAAUUUAGUGAUUACUAACGAGAAUAAAGUCAUAAUAAAAUUAUUAGUCACGAGAAUAAAUUCAGAAUAAAAUCAUUACUUACGAGAAUAAAGACAUAAUAAAUUUAUUACUUACAAAAAUAAGGUCAUAAAAAAAUCAUCCUAAUGAGAAUAUAGUCGUAAUAAAAUCAUUACUUACAAGGAUAAAGUUGUGAUGAAAUCAUUACUCACGAGAAUAAAGUCCGAAUAAAGUCCUUGUCUGCUAACCUGUUGUUUAAGAUGAUAGUUGUUAAAAUGAGGGCCAUGGAGCACUUUGUAAAAAUAUACUUUAAUAUAUGUUUCUCAAACAAGGAGAUACUUAAUCUUUUGGCACAUCAGCACCACAUUAUCAUAAAUAUCAUAAUGAUUUUACUACAACUUUUUCUUGUUGGUAAUGACUUUAUUCUCAUUAAUUAAUUACUUGAAUCUCAAAGUCUUGAUUUCUUUCUAAAUGGGGCCCUAAUACUCCGUCAUAGUUUUAUGUGGCACCCCUAUCAUAAGAAAUUCUUCAAAUGAAGCUGAAACAGUUUAAUAAUUUACUGAUGAGGUGAUUCACAGAAUGUUUUCCACUUAACCACAAAAUGUCAACAUUUUUCUGGUUUCAAGUAAAGUAUUGAUUGUAAUAAUCUGUAGUUGAGUACUUUAACCUAGUUAAUUUGUGAAAAAUGAAUCAGCCUCAGUUUUAUGUACUUUUUGAAAAGUUUCAGCUCCACAGCAGCACAGCUGUUCAAUGAGCUCAUGUCUGCCAGCGGACUUUUAAAUUCAAUUACUUUGUUAAAAAUUAUGAGACCCCUUUAUCGCAGGAAAUAUAUUUUACCUAUUGUAAAAUAGCCAGUCAUGCAUUGCAUCAAACGAAAGGUUAAACAUCCAUCAAACCCAUUAAGCCUCUUUCCUUUUGUCCAGGCCAGACAUUUCACUAAGAGCAUUUAAGUGGACUUAUGAAGAGAGCAAUGAGUGGAGUCAUCCUCUGUCUGGCUGUCAGUACAGAGAGAUUUGGCUUGAAUUACUUGAUUUUAAGUAGCAAUGUUAUUAGGCUUCUUCCCUGAAUUAAACGAAAGCUUAUGGCCUACAUUAGUAGACUCAUUUGUGCUCUUUCUCUUACCUCUUCCUCUUUUCCCCUAACCUAAAUCUUCCUGUUUUUACUUGUCUCAGUGGACAGGAGGAGUCUGAGAGGUGUUAAAACAUUUCUUUUAAAACUGUGCGACUAACAGAAAGUUGAAUUAUUCAGUUUCAAUUCUCCUCUCUAAUCACGGUGCCCUAGACAUCAAAAAGAUAUGGAAGAUGCCUGCGGAUAUUAGCUUCUGUCAUCUUCUUCAAACAUGAUCCCGGCUUCCUUGGAGCUACAACCAUCUCCUUCCCAAACUUUAGAGAAUCUUCUUCCCCAGACUGUUUUGUGUGUGUUUGCGAGACGGGGGUUUUUGGGGGGUAAUUUAAGGAGGUGUGUAAAUGUGUGUGUGUGUGUUAUGACUAAGCUCAUCAGCAGCCAUCUGGCCACAAGCAGACUAAUAAUCUGAGCUUACUGCUGUCAGCUCAGUCAAUGCUGGUUUGCUCUUGUCAGUUCACUCCACUGUUAAUAAGUUGAGUAAGACAGAGCUGUGGAUAAAAAACUAAAAAGGAACUAACUUCAGAGAGACCAACAGAGACCUGGAUGUACCAUGACUCGGAUCUGACUGGAGUGACCGCAGCAGGGGUGCCUUGUGCAGCCAUGGCAGUUGCCAUACCAAUUAUAGCCCCGGUGAUGACAGAGGAGGCUCCUCGGCCGUGCCUCUGCCUCACCACCCUAAUUGAGCUGUUUCUGCGGAGCCAGUCACCCGUCCAGGCCCUGUGCUCCCUCAUCACCAUGUGCUGGUUCUGGCCUUCAGGCUGCCAGGCUGAAGAGAAAGACCUAUUCCUGUGCUCUGUGCUGCUGAGUUUGGGACGGCUCCUUAAAGACAAGCUGGCCUGCUUGGCUCAGGACAUUGCUGCUUGUCUGUCCUGCCAGAGAGGCAUCAAAGGGGACAAACAGCCGGUAAACAGUGGGUUUAUUUCCUCCUUUUAUGUGGAAGCUGGUAACUGUAGAAGCUCAUACUAUGACUCCUUACACUUAGAGCAGCAAACUUUCACACAACACCCACAACCUCCUGUGUGUAUCUGAUAAAAAUAUCUCGACAUAUGUAAGUCUGGACUAGUUUUACAGUCGGCGAAUUCGUAAUUCUCUCAUUUGCAUCAUAUUUGCAUUCUAACCUUAAUUCUAAAGAGCUAAUUAGUUACAGCAUGCAUUGACAGUGUCAUGUGCAGUGUAUAUGAAUUAUUCUCUACAUUUUUAUUCAUGCUGGAGGGGCAGCUCUAGGGAUGCUAGAGUGGUCCACCAGUUUGUUGUAGACUAAAAGAUCUCGGGAAAUAUGUGAUGAAUUGCAGUAAAAUUUGCUACAUCUAUAGACUUUAUUUGGGUUCAAGACCAAAUACCAGCUAAAUUAAUGAUCAGCUGUGAAGUGUAAAGAGUGGAUCAUGAAAUCAUAAAACAAAGAUUUUAAUCAAAGUGAAGCUUAUUUGAAAACAUCAACAUUUUAACUUGGUCAUUGCUCACUGAUUCAUUUUUAGAGACGGUCAAGAUUACUACUAAGGUCUUAACCUGCUUUUUUUAGGGAAACACAUUGUUCAUAUGACAAUAUCAAUGUAACUAGAUAAUAGCUUCAAGUAAUUUCAAGUAGUUUUGUCUAUUUAAGUGUUUUCUUAACAUUUAAAAGAUGUGUGCGUGGAUUGGUAGAGGUAUUAGUUUUGGCCAAAAUGAGUUUGAAAACGUUAGCUGAUCGGCUAUCCUACUUUUUCGUUAUCUGUACCUCUUUGAUGUGCUUCUCCUUAUCUUGCUUUCUACCUGUGUUUUCAAGACAGCUUACUCUGCUAUCUCCAUCCUGAUUGUCUUUGAAUGUAACCGUACUACAGUAAGAUUUAUUGCGUAGGUUGAUGGGAGCAGGUCAAAAGGUCAUGGUGUUACUUGUUACUAUGUCUCCUCUCCCUUUAUUGCUCUGAGGUUAUCUCAGCAGUAUUUGAUAGGCCUCUUUUAAACCUAAUUGUUUUGCUCAGGCCUGCAGAAUCUUUAUGGGCGUGUAUUCCUCUUCAAACGGUCACCUUGUGGGUCCAGCGGGUCUGUUAUCUGAUCGUAUGAUGUGAUGUCGGGCAGUUACCACAUUGAUAGCUAAAAUAAUCUGCGCUCAGAUCGAGCGUUUCUAGGUCAGGGAAGGUAGAGGCGAGAGCACAGAUUGCCAUUUUUUUCAUGAAGCCGAGUUAAAUGCUGGCAACAGGCACCUCCAUUUAACCUCACAUUUAGUUUGAGGCAUUUUGGUGGAGUGAGAAUAGCAUAUAGUAGUUGCAUUACUUUGCCUUUGUACUUGCAGUCAUGGAGUGGAGUGGAUUUGAAUAGCCUAAGGGACUCAGUAGAAUGGGUGCUUUAAUCUGAAGCCUGGCGUCAUUAUUAAAACACACUCUUCCCCCAAAGUCCUCUGAGACUUGAAGGAAUAAUAUUUGUUUAGGCUGAAGAAUAAAAAGCGUAAAUGCGCUUGAGUGGAGCGCAACUGUCCCAGCCCUCCCUCUCUCCACCCCUCUAUUUAUUUGAUUUAUGAGCAUGCGUCUACUUUUAUUGAGCUUUGAAAAGAAGAUGGCAUCAUGGCACUAUGGCCCUCUAACAUGGCAAAUGAAUCAUUGGGCUGCCGACCAGCCACUGGGCCUUCUCUCUCUCUCUCUCUCUCUCUCUCUCUCUCUCCCUCUUGCUCUUCCCUCUUCUCUCCCUUAGUCCUAUGACAGGGCUGUUUCCAGUGAGGGAUAGUCAAAGCCAACCCCAGGGACAUGCCUGUAUUUCAUCCUCUGUUCUUGAUCCUCUCCCUCCCCACAUUUGUUUGUUUAUUUAGCUAAGAUAGAGCCUCUCCGCCGGUAAGUCAUGAGGCUUCUCCUUUGAUUCGAACGGCGUUUCAUCUGCAAAGCAGGCUGAGCACUGUUCAUAAUGACUCCGUUGGAGCGUUUAAAGGAGAUGGAGACAGUGUUUAGUGUUUAUCUUGCUACCUUCCAGUCAGACAGAGCUGGACUGUGUUUUUUUUGUUGUUGUUGCACCCAGCUCUUGGAAACAAACAUUACGAGAAUAUGACACUAAUGAGACUUAGUAAUGUUUAGUUAUUCCAAAGAGGAUACAUGUAUGAUUUCAGAUAACACUGAGAAGAGGGUACAGAAGGCUUAGUUUACAUUAGUUUAAAUGCUUGCUAGAUCGUGAAACAUCAUCUGAAACUUUCCACCCUGCCUGUUCUACAAAGUGAUGACCCAGUUAUAUGGAUAUGUAAAAACCUUUGAGGCUGGAACUUUUCUUUGGUGGAGUCUUUACGUACCAACUUUCAACAACUAUCCCAUACUGAAGACCAUUUUUGAUAAGAAACUGAUAAAAAAGGUAUGCUUUAUUGUAAUCUGUCUGAUCUAUCGAGUUGAGAUCAGGAAGAAAAAGGCUUGCUUGUAAGUCUGGCUGGAUAACAUCGUCUCAGAGACAGUUUGUUUGUUCAGCCCUAAAUGACCUUGCUUGGGGUCAUGCCUUUCUGCUUUGAGGAUGAGGCAACAGCGGCCUUGAUCAACAUCCAGCUGGGGACUAUUGCGCAUGUUACAAACAGUCUCUUUCCCUUGAUUUCACUAUCACCUGCAGAAGUAAGUGGCAAAGAUUGAGAAACAUGCAAAGAAACUUUGGCCAAAGGCAAAUAUGUAAAGAAUAAAGCCAAAGUGUCGCUUGCUGUUGCCAUUAUUUGUCUGCCCACAGACAAGGGCUGGGCGAUAAACCGAAAAUCUACUGAUACCGAAAUGUACGAUAAUAACCAACGCCAUUUUGCCCAUAUUGGUAUAUUCAGUGUCAAAAUAAAUAAAUAAAUAAAAGUUGGUUUUGGAUGUGUAUAGGCAGGCUCAUGUCCCUUUAAGACGCUCUCCUACGUCAGAGACGUGACUCCACGCCAUCCAGUCCGUAACAAAGAGGGAAAGACAGGUGAGGAGAUGGAGGAUGGUUCAAAAGUUGUAGCAGCUGAAGUUAAAGAAGUUAAUGUGGGAGGAGGUGAGCAGCUUGUGGAGUAGUUAUCGUCCAUUUAUUGUUAUUGAGGUGAACUGCUCAAUAUAAUGUGAUAUUGAUUUGAGGCUGUAUCGCCCAGCCCUACCACAGACAUAAAAAGCUCUUAUAUUUGGGAAAGACCGAAAAAUAAGUCUUUUUUUUCUCUGGGCAGAGAAUCUGUUUGUUCACUUUGCAUGACAAUCUCUGUUGCAAUAAAUGAUACAUGUCACGUUUUAUUUUUGUGCAAGGCCAUCGUUAACAUUCCUGCCCUGUUACCCCCAUUGGCUUGCAGCCUCCCGUUUUUGAGUCAGCCAUUCCUCUCUGUGUGGAGGUAACAAGCCAGAACAGUCCACAUUGUACUGCACCUAUUGAGAGACUGGACACUGAUACAGCCCACAGCCCCCUCCAUUCAGCCCUCUGGAAAUUACAUGGAGGUUGCAUGGAGCCAAAAGCGAGGGGAAGAACCAGAGGAAGAGGAAGAAGUUACAUGGAAACAAAUGGAAACAGGGAAGUGGAAGAGAUGGCAGGAUGUGAAAAUGGAGCCGUGAGACGACCAGCACUGAUGGAAAGAGACAAACACUGAGAAGGGAUACAGUUGCAGGGAGAAGAAUUCACUCUAUUUGCACAAACCAAGUGGUCAGACCAUACACCACUGAUUGAUAUGCAAAACAAGCCUGCAGCAAGCACUUUUUUUUCUCUGCCUACGCUCACAGAAUGGCAGGACGCAGGAUCAAUGACUCAAUCCAAAUCAAAGAUCACUCCACCUCAGAGGCAUAGGUGUACUCCAGACUGGGGCUCCUGAACUAGGGCCUGGCAGAAAAUUGGCACUAACAAGAGAGCAGAAGAGGAGGAAGUCAGUGGAAGAGAUUGAAAAGGGUUUGACGACCAUUAGAGGAAGAUCUGAAGGUGGACUGAGUUUUACCUCUGAGACCCUUAAGACUCUAAGCCAGCUUUUAGAUCGGUUGCUGCUUUUUCUGUUUUGAGAUUGUUGUUAAACUGAAUGCCAUUUUUGGGGCCAUCAUGCCAACAUCGAGGGGAGGCCGACUGCGCAGGAAGGGCUGCUCUCUUGCCCGAAGGACCCAACGACAGGCGACAGCAGCGUGGAGGCUCCUCUACAGAUUGCUGUUCAUGGUGAGCACAGGACUGGGAAAACACGUGGAUAUUUAUAGAUGUUUAUGCUGUAAUGGUUCGGGCAGUUUUUGAAGGGGCCUCAUCAGAGGAGAUGAUAGAAAGUCAUCAGCACUGCAGUGUGAUUUUAAGUACCACUUCUCCUGAGAGUGAGGGGGUAUAAAGGCUUUUUAGAUAAAUAUUAGUGCAGAGAUCGUUUUAGUUUUCUCUGUAGGUUGUUGAAUUUUCCUUUGGGUAUAAAUAAAAUUCUUCUUAUUUUAAAUUUGAGUUUCAAAAGGAAAUUUCUCUCUUUUUUUAUGAGCUACCGGAUGUUUUAGAUGUUCUGCUUUGUCACCUUAAGGAUCAACAAACAUACAGCAAUUGCACCAAUGGCUGUAACUCCUAAAUCUGUCAAAGGGAACCCAGCGGACAGGGACAAAAUGUUUCAACAGCCUCUCGGUUCAUUCUUUUUUUUUUUAACCUGUAGGUUGACACAGCCGUCUCUUAUAAGUUGACUAAAGGGCAUUUAUGGGAAGCCGAGGUAGAAACAUGAUCCAGUGCUGUCAGCUGUCAGGGAGGGACCUCAAUAGGCAUUCACAGCAGCACUGUCACAUCCACUCAGUUUCCCCCCUGCUCUUGGGCUUUUUUCUCCGCUUCUGCUGGCUCCUGUCCUCUGCUCUUAAUUGGUUAUUUGGGCUAGCUGUCAGGCUGUGUUGCUGGGUUUGUUGUCAGGCAAUUGCAAUUCCUGAGUCAUGAUGGUGUAGCCCUCCUUCUCCUCCUCCUCCACCUGAUUUUCUUCUCUUUUUUUCAUACCCACCUCUUGUCACGCUCCAAUGCAGGUGUCUGCCAUUAAGUCUUGAUGAAAUCUCACUUUGUAAAAAUCGGUGUUCAGAGUAAAAGUGGGUUCCUAUGUGUGUGUGAUCCCUGGCGUCCAAUCAAGCAACUCUAUGGCAUCUUUCUAUUUGUGGAAGACGACACACAAGCCUAUAUCCCUGUCAGUGCGUGGGUGUGAUGAGAAUUAACUCGGUGCUUGAGAAGCGGUGUGGUACUUUGCAUACUCACGCACACACAAACAUCUGUCUGGGAAUCCCGCAGCUUCCUUCCUUUUUCUCUGGAUGCCUGCAGCUAAAAUAAAUGGCAGAUAUGACUGUUAUCAGUCUCCACAAGGCUGCUCUCCCCUGUCUGGAGCGACCAACCAGGCUAUUUGAUAAAUACGUCGCCCUGAUAUCCUCCAAAAUUUCUCGAGGCAGGCUCCCCAUGUCUGCCUACCCUCAGCAACACGGAGCUUUCCCAGAGUGUGAAAGUAACGCCGACUGGUGCGGUGUGUGACGGCAUCAAUUGUGUCUGAAGAGAAUUUUGUGAUCUUCAGUGGAAAAUCUCAGAUGUUUUGAGGCUCUUGGUUUUUUUAUGAAUUCUUUUCAGCUGUGCAGAAGUGUGAAUAUGCUACAUGAAUAUUGACGGACACAUCUUUCGAGUGAAUGUUUGGAAAAAAAAAAAAAACCUUGGCCGGAUGUUCUUAAGUGCUCCAGAGAGAGCAUUUUUUCUACUUAUGUGCCAGUGUUCAUUUGCAAAUGUCAGUAAACACAGUAAGCUAAACUUAAAGAUGUUUAACGUUUUAUUUAGUUAUUCAGACAAAAAAUAGGAUUAAAAAUCUCUUUCCUAAGAAUGUCCUCUCCAAGAUAACCAGCAGAACCACACAUUUCUGUAAUAAAAUAAGAUCUAGUAUCAAUUUAAACUUCUAACCAGAUCUUUAAAAUGUGAUGUAAAAGAAAGAGAUUCACCCAGACAAAUGUCAAGAUCUCUGUACUUGGGGACCAAUCUGUGUGUCCUGAGAAGUAAAGAUUGAACGCAGGGUUGAAGACUUGGAUUUUGCAUUUCAAAAAAGCAUGACUUUUGUUUUAUCUGCAUUUAAAUAAAGUUUUAAAUCAUAAAAAGCUUUGUUAAACAUUUCAAAGUAAGCUAGGUCUUGAGUAGAUGCCGAGUAGCGCAUCACAGUGCUGUCUGCAUAAGAAUAAAAGUUUGAAUUAGACAAAAUUAAUUCAUAUAAUUUAUAUAAAGAAAAAAAGCAGUGAUCCCAACGCUGACCCUUGGGGAACUCCUUUUAAUACUGCAAGAGAGCUGGAGGUGCAGACUUUUGUCUGCUCACUCUGAGCCUGUUGGACAGGUAAUUAUUAAACAAACUGACUGCUUGUUGAGAUAACGCACUCUAACCAAUCCUUGUAGGGGUCUUGCACGGUCCAUGGGCUUAAAUUAUGAAGAAAGGUCAAUAAAUGCUGUAAUAGUACUAUGCUGUUUCCCAAAACCAGACUUGAAGCCAGAUAAAAGUCAGUAAAAAUUCCCUUCUUUCGAUGACUGACAAAGGAUUAUAAUGUCUUGACCAGGACAGACACCUUUAAGAUGGGCCUAUAGUUAAUUAAAACUGGGUUCACCCUCUUAGUUAAAUCAGAGGCUGAUUUUCAAAGAUGACAGAAAACAUUUGUGAGGAAAUAAAGAUUAAAAAUAUGUGCGAGAGAUGGGGAACAGAAAUCUGCUGCUAGCCUUAAAAAGUAGGGCUUCAGUUCAUCGGGACCUGUGGGAUUGCUGAAGGGCUUUGUGUACUUCUGGAGAUGCAACUGGAGUGAAAUUAAAAUUUAAAAAACCCCAAAGAUGAUGCUUAGCACAUUAGCGCUGUAGUAAUGGGUAUGUAAUAAUGUUAAUGUUAGCUUUUAACUGCCUGACUACAAUAUAUAGCAGCUGUUAGCCUGGCUGUGUAGUUAUUUUUGAUUGUUAAUUGAGCUCAAAGUUCAAUGUCAACCCAGUUAGUGUGUUUUACAUCCACAGGUAUCCCCCUACACAAUAAAUCUGUGUGUGUGUGUCUCCAGCUCUUCAACGUCAGUCCCCUCCACCAGUGCAGAGGGAGACAUUAAGUCCCUUUAUAAUUAUCAUCCCACAUUCAAAGAGCUGCAAAGUGGAGCGCCGCUGUGGGCGGUGGAUCACUUGAAAGAGGCUUAGCCCAGACGUACAUAGAGGACACAGAGAGAAAGAUUCCCCUUCUGUCUCUCUCCGUCUUCUCCCAGCCUGUCAUUCACACACAGUCCAUAUAUUGUAGCAUUGGCGGGGCCGUCUCUGGAGUGACCAUGCUAUAAUGAGCUAGCUGAUGAGUUGCAGGCUUAUUAAUGGAAGCCUUGAUUGUCUCUGGCCUCCCUGGAUGUGGAUGGGAGGGGGGGUUAUGGGUGGUAACUCAUAGUUUCAGAGCAGAAUGACUCAGACAGGCUUUCACACACACUGCUUGGAGUGUGCAGUGUUAGAAUGAUGUGUGUAUCGAUCCAUAUGUGUAACUGUUCAGUUAUGGGAGUUACCUGCUCUAGACUGCUUGCUUGUGUGCACAGAAAUGCACACGGACAAACACAGUGGAGUGCUGAACAACUGUUUUGCUUGGCGUGGCAUGGCAGCCUUCCCACCAUGCUGUGUUGCUGCGCAGCAGUCUGGAACCUGCUAUUACUUCUCACUUAUCAGCCUGUACUGAUUCUAGUGACCGACCUCAGAUUAUAAUGCUACAGCAUGCCAUUUACUUGAAAUAAGGAGGGCUAGUCAUCGGGGGACUAUUUUUAGCAUAGACAUUGCACCAUAAUUGAUUGCUUGGGCACAUUCUAGUAAAGUAGGCCUGGCGCAGUUGAUGAAGUGUUGUACUAGUCGGAUAACUUGUCAUUUGAGAGGUUUAGACGGUCUUUGAUUAAGAGUACAUACAUUUACCAUUGUGCCUGAAAAGCAUAUACUCUCAGGCAGCCAUGGUGUUAUAAAGACAGGAGUUUUCUCUCUCUCUCUCAGGGGAUAGAAAAGAGAGAGGCUGGUAAAUGCUCUUUUUCUUCCUCAGCUGCUCACAGACUACAAAAUGUUACCUGCCACAGGCAAAACUCUGCAGUGUUGUGCCUGCCACUGAUGUUAAUUUUCUCACCUCAGGCAAUACAGUCCAAUGUAAAGCAAUGCAGAUGAUGUGUUCCAGUUGAACACUUCUGUAAAUGAUGCGAUGCUGAGUUCUCCGUGGGGCUACAACUAUAAUAGCGAUACAAAGCAGUGUGGAAGGAAAUGUACUUUAUCCUGAAUGAACAGAUAGUUACAUAAUGAGACUUCUCACUCCUCCCUUAGUGCUUCUAAUACAAGCUAAUACGUGACCUCUCGGGGUAUUCUGACAUGUCAAAUUUUCUGGAAUUGGUGUGACAAAAAGCUGCAGCUGUCCAGAAUGGAUUAAGAAGAAUAAUGAACAUGUUAUAAUGCUAUCAGUUUGGAUAAUAAAUUAGUCCUUUGGAUGCACCGUACAGUCUUUGAUGCAAAGCCAAUUAGCAUAGAGUGCAUAGCGAAAACUCUAUAAUGCCAGUCGAAAACCCAGCGGAAUCACUGGCCAUGCACAGAGUAGAAUUACAUACAUCAUUAUUUUCUACAGCGUUAGAGCUGAAAUCAUUAGUGGUGGAUGGUGAAAUUACCGAGGUGAAAGAGAAUUUGUAUGCAAGGAUAUGUGUCUGGGCAUCUACUUUUCUGUGUCAGUGUGUGUGGGGGGAAAGUUUCUCAUCUGAUACUAAUUUAAUUUAGCCGGCUGUCGCAAUCCUCGCAAUCCCUCACCCAAACCACCCCCCUUCCUCUCUGUCAUUCUCCACAGAGUGUGGACACAGUGUGCACCCUCUACCAGUCUUUCCAAGAAGGACCAGGCUCAGGCCCAGGAGGUUUGAUGGAUGACUCUAAGGAUCGUCCAGUGAGGCAAGGAGGUGGCCCCACAGGAGAGGCCACUCUACUCAAACCCUGCCCCAAGCAUAUGACUGCCACUGAGAGGUUACGCAAGGUCAUCCAGGAGCUGGUGGACACAGAGAAGUCAUAUGUGAAAGUAAGACCACGAAGCCUCUGCCGUAUGAGGUUUUUUUUUCUUAAAAUAAUCUCACAUGAAUAUUUGAUCAAACCUGUCCUCAUAUUUCCCCACGAUUAUGGAGCUGGUUCAUUUCUUCACUUUUUACAUCAAGUUAUAAAUUAAUACACUUUUCUCUUUUUAAAAGAGGAAAAUCACUUAAAAGAUCAUUUUGAAAGUAACUCUAGCUGACGACUCUGCAUUAUAUUCUAGAGUAAUGAGAACUAUCACUGACAGAAGCUUAGGCCUACAUCCAAAUAAUAAAAACAAAAUCUUGUUAGAUGAUAAAAUCCAUUCCCUUCUCAUGUCUGCGGAGUUAAUAUGUAGUUAGAAGGCUCAGACUCUCAGGAAGGUUUUAUGCUGCGUUCCAAUUACCUCAGAAGUCGGAUGUCGGAACUAGGAAUGACGUUACACCCGAGUUGACGACGUUCCAGUUAACAAGUCGGAAAACCAAGAUGGACGCCUACUGUUACCCGUUGUUAGCUGUUGUUUACAAAUGUCAGCUGUCGUUAGCCAUUGUCAGUGCCAGCUGUUGUUAGCGGCCGUCAGCUGUUGUUACUUGUUAGUUAUACCAGUUGUAAACAACACAGAUUUUACUCUCACAAACACCACACAACAUAUACCACUUAUUUGAUUUCACAAAACUAAAACAGAAGUGCUAAUAAAUAAUACAUUAAAAGAGCUUUCACUGUUACUCUUUACUGUUGCUGCACUGCGCCGCCAUCUUGGAUUAUGACAUUGUCGUCAAGUCGGGGUUGUUGAGGAUCGUCCGACUUUCUGAGUAGGAAAUCCGUCCUCAGGGGGGCUCGGAAAUUCCUACUUCCAGGUACAAUUGGAACGCAGCAUUACUAGAGACUGAAUAGGGACAGGGCCGGCCUGCUUUGUCUGGGGUAACUACAUCAAAAGCUCUUGAAAGACAAAUAUCAAGUUGGAUAGUUUGAAACGUUUUUAAUGCAAGGUUUCAAAGACAAAGUACUAAGUUCAGAAACAGGAAAUACAUUUUUUAAGCUGAAAAAAGGCCUUGCAAAUAGAGUAUUCCUCAAUCGUUGCUCAUAUACCUUUGUUUUUGUUUUACAAAGAAAGAAAGAACCAGAUAUAAAAUGUUAUUGAGUAUGUCUUCAAGGCGCAGAUAGAUAUUUUCUUUGUCUUCAAAAAACUCAAGGCUGUCUGUUUUCUCUUAUUUUCAGUCUAAAUGAAAAGUAAACAGGCUGCUGGUGUCUGUUUGAUAUUAGGUAUGCAGAAGGUAGAUACAUGGGUCUUUUUCAACUCUCAGCAAAUAAGCAUGUUGCUGUGUUAUUUUUACCCAAAGUGUUGAAUUCUGAGGGAAUAUGGGACAUUAAGAAAAGCAAUUCAUGAAGAAGUUCCUGAAGUCACAGUCAGAGCUCCUCCUUCCCUCCCCCACCUCUUCCUCCUGUCUAGCCUUAUUUAUCUCCCUCCCACCCAAUCAUUUUGCCACCCUCGUGUUUUCCGAUACGACCUUUUCCUCCCUGGCGCACAUUAGGGAGACGCAUUCAUGAUUAUCUUGACUCCGUAACACUUGUCAUUCCUGGCAUUUCUCCCUUUCUUCUUCAUCUCCCCAUUUUUCAUUAAGUCCCCUCACCCAUGCGCCCCUCUCCUUCAUACGGCCGUAAAUUUGUAAUUGAGGAAGGAGAUUGUCUUCCCACAAUGCCUUGAUGCAGGCCCGCUCGCCUGUAUCCAUGCACCACUGGCGACUCAGGCAGCUUGGGGAGGGAAGAAGGAGGAGGAAGAAGCUCAUAAAUCAACCUAAUGAGAAUAUCCCUACUGAUACUGAGACAAGCUACAGCCACAUUAAAGUAGUGAGAAGGGGGAGGGAGGGAAGAUAGAGGGAAAGAUGGAGGGACUGUGGGAGGGAGACGAUGGGAGAUAAUAAAAGGUGAAAUAAGCAGUAAUCUGAUGAUGAAAGCACUUUUAAAAGACAGACAGAUUGGGAGAGGAGGUUUACUUUUGCUCUUUGAUUCACUGUCACUGACUAAUCUGGAUUUUAUGCUUUCAGGACUUGACCUGUUUGUUUGAGAUCUACCUAAAACCCCUGCAGAAUGAGACCUUCCUCACACUGGAUGAGGUAGGUAAAAUGUGUGUUAUGACACGGCUCUUUGUAAUGUGUGCUGCAAACCUGAUGAGAUGCAUAGUUUUCCAGAGGCGUGUCCUGGAAGGUGUGGUAGUCGUAUGAAACAUUGAAUUCAUGGAGUGUUCAUCACCCAGAGGUGAAGUGGAUGAACAGUGCUCGACCAUAUCUCCCUCAUUACUACAGUGACUAGCUGGAGGACAAAUUAGCAUUCCCCCACACUGACCUUCUAGUGUCCCACAGGGAUACACCGAUAGAAGCUGGCUGAAGAGUAAACCCACCCCUUUAGCAUUCACUGAAAAUCCACACACACACCAGUGAAGCUAAUUGUUGAUUUGUCCGCACCAUCAAGAAAACAGUUUUCCUUCAUUUAGAAACGCUUCAGCUAGAUGUCAUGAUGUAUUUCUGCGACGCCAUAGAACGGAAGCUAGAGCGUGCUUAUUACCUCAGGACUUGCAGUUUCCAGUCCUGUGUGCAGCUCUAAGCAAGGCGUGACCUCGAACACAGGACGUCUCUCCCAAGAUACACGAGUCGAUAGACCACUGAGCACUGGGGCAAAUUAAAAGACCAUUAAGGGACAGCGAGACAUGUCCAGACACAAAGUGGACAAGGGCAUGUAAGCCCCCAAACAGCUUUUAAUGAAGGCACUUUCCCCGUCUGUGUGUUGGACAGCAGAGGUUUGUAUCUGCUGUGUUGGUUGCAUUCCCUUGUGCCUUUGUCUGAGAUGAAGCCAUCAGAGUGGAGGCUUUAAAACACUCCUGGGCGUCUGCCUGACUGACUGUUAUGAAUUACAAGCUACCUUGGCUCUUCUUUAUGUGUAGUAACCUCAUAUUGCUUUAUUUUUCCCUCCAUCUGGACCUGUUACUGCUAUUCCAGCUAUCCACUCUUAAACACACCCUUUGUGAUGUUCUGGAGUUAAACAAAUGAAAAGAGGACCCAAAUGCAGAACAAAAAAAAGGGUUUAUUAAAAUAAUUAAAUAAAUAAGAAGCAACAAAAACUUUAAUUUAAAUUAUAAUGUCCAAAUAAAAGAACCGAAAAAUCCAAAAUCCACCAAAAGGCACUGGGGGAAACAAUCACAAAGAGACACUGGGGACACUGGUAUGUGCACACCUUGACAAACACAAUGAACCACAAAGAAACAGGGAAAGACAAGGACUUUAUAUACACACAGGGAAGCGAGGAACAAGAGGCAGGUGAGACACUGAGACUCAGGUGAAGACCAUUACAGAGGAGGCAAAACUGAGGAAGUAAAACAAGACUAGAAACACAGAGAAACACAAAAUAAAACAGGAAAACACUGGAAACUGAUAUAAAGAAUAAAACACUCAGUACGUUUUCAUGACACUCAAGAAAACCUAAUUAUUGCCUUACUCUGAUUAAGACUGGACAACUCAAGUGCAUAUAAACACCUUAGUCCGACAAUAAUCGGAGUUUGAAAACUCUGAUUGGAGUUGGAGAACUCCGAUUAAGAAACCCGGAUAAUUGCAAUUCAAUUUUCUCUACCAUGUAACCAGCAUAGUCGGUGUAUGGUUGGACAAUGCAUGUGCGUGUGCAAAACGCCCCCGUAACCCCAGGACAAAAACACCAGAGAAGAGGAAUAGUGUGCAUCUCAUCUGCAGAAAAAGUAGCAUGUACAUCAUGUACGACAAAAACAACGCUGUACGAUGCUCCAUCUUCUUACUCGAAAUGUCCAGCAGCAGUUGUAGACACUUCUGACAUCUUGCACUUGAUGUUGUUGUUGACAGUUGUAUGGGGUCGAACAUAGCGCAGCUGAGCGCAGGACACGUCCACGUCAAUAAUUCGGUUUUCUCAGCUGCAUGUAUACGCACACAAGGAGAGAAGUCCGAUUCGGCGAAAAAAGCGAAUUAUGAGCUUAGUACGAUUAAGCUGUGCAUGUAAACGCACUGACUAAGAACAUGAGGGAAAUGGGGUCAGACACAAACUGAAAACUCUCAAGACAGGACUACAAGGGGACAGAAACAAUAGGGAACAGAAACACUCGGGAAAAUCACAAAGAAAAUACACUCAAAUAACAAAACCAGGGGAAAAGUUAAUCAACAGAACAUAACAUGACACCCUUCCCAUUUUUCCAUACUGCUUCUCUUCCUACUACGCUUUGAUGAAUUAACAUAUACUCUGCUCUCCUCCUCCUCUUCCUCAGAUGGAGAGUUUGUUUGGCAGCCUGCCAGAGAUGUUAGACUUCCAGAGGGUAUUUCUGCAGACCCUAGAAGAGAGGAUCGCAUCCUCACCUGAUUUCAGCACCCUGGAGACCCCAUCACAGUUCAAGGUGAGACACAUACACAACAACAUAUUGAUUAAAUGUCCACAGUUUCAUGAGCCUGAGUGUAUAGAAAAAGCAGCUGUCUCAAAUCAGAAGAUUUCAGCAAGUCUGCCAAAGAGAAGAAAGGCGUUUUUGUGAUGGUGAGGUUUAUAAAUAUUUGAGGUGAUGCAACAGGAGCAAGACUGACUUAUAGGCAUGACUUGACAAGGUGUGGGGUCUAUUGAUCGAGGUUGCGCUUCACUGGUUGGAUUGUGAGCUGCUGAAAGCUAGUGUACUCAAGAGGUUAGGCUCUAGGUUAGGGAAUGUAUGAAUAGUCUCCCAGGAGGAGGAGGGGGUGAGAGUGGUUUGGUCACGACUUCCAUGUUCACACUCUUAUCCUUUCUCUCUCUCUCUGGAUUCCUUGGGUUUGGUGUAGCAUCACUCGCUCUCCAUCUGUGUGUGACACAGUCCUUGUCUUUGUUUAUUCCUCACACCCUCUCUGUUUACAGAAGCUGCUGUUUUCCCUCGGGGGUUCUUUCCUCUACUACGCCGACCACUUCAAGCUCUACAGUGGCUUCUGCGCCAACCACAUCAAGGUCCAGAAGGUCUUAGAGAGAGGUACGGCACACACCUGAUCAAAAACAUAUAUCAAUACAUAUCUUCAAAACUGAGGUUGAGAGCAGGCAUAGAAUAUCAAUCCACACAAGUACAAAUCCUGAGUCACAAGCUUUCUUGCACCAAGGUUGCAUCAGUGAUACCUCACAGCGACUCACUUCUGAGGGUUUGACCUUUCAUUCGGAAGGAAAUCAAUUUCAUACCAAAGGGAAUGACCAAGAGGGAGAUGGUGGCGAAAAUGCAAAGAGAAAUGCCUUUCCAGUUUUCUGAAAGCCUUGAUUUUAGAUAGAUAGAUAGAUAGAUAGAUAGAUAGAUAGAUAGAUAGAUAGAUAGACAGACAGACAGACAGACAGACAGACAGACAGACAGAUACAUACAUAAAUACAUAGAUAGAUAGACUUUAUUGAUCCCAAACUGGGAAAUUCUUUCUCUCCAACAUCACUUACAAAAAAAAGUGCAAACUAUUAGCCCUAUGUCACCAUUUGUAUCACAUAUGAUACAAGAAAAUACAUGAGUUUUUCAGACCUCUACAUCCUCACUGUGAUUUUUUUUCACUGAAAGACCUAAUGUAUACAAUCAGAUACAUGCAAUGAUCAGACAAACCACCAGGGUGCAGUUAUUAAUGCACCAGCAGGUCUUCACUUGGGAUGUCCAAUAUAGCUGCUGUCAGUCAGAGACCCAAAUGUGUUUUCUCAAAGAUAUUAUUGCCAAUUUUGAAAAAAGGAUAACGUCAAAAAAUAGUUACUGCAUUGAUGCAAAGUAAAACUACUUAAUAUUUCUUAACUUAUUUUGUAGUAGAACCAUGUUGAAAAUGUGUGUAUCAAAUAAGAUACAACAGGUAUGUAAGGUAAUUUUCAAUGCAAAUCUUCUAUUCAAAAAUAUAUAUAUACAGACUUGUAUCUUUUUAAACACCUUUGUCAGAAGGUCCAUUAAGGGGUCCAAUUUCAAAAUUUUAGAAUUUCCUGACAAUUAUUUCAUGGUUCAGGUUUUACAGGGUUAGAGUUAGAAGCAUAAAUCUCUGUGGUUCACUUUUGGGUGAUAGUUUCUCAACAUUCAUCACUGUCACAUGUUGUACGAGCACAACAAGUUAAAACAAAUAUGAAAUCAUUAUUUCUCAGACUUUGGAUAACCUUGUCCACAAGCAGCUGAUAUGUGACCAUGACAGCCUGAGAGCUUUAAUAAUUCCUUGCGACUCCCUCAGCAUGUGACAGAGUAGACAAUUUUAAGUUGAUUUAUGCCUGCUAAGACGCCAGGCUUUCUGCCACUAUUUGGGAGCGCUGCCCAGUACAGAGAGAAGUGUAAGGAGAUUGGUUUCUUUGUAGACAAGGGUGGAUUUGGGAUGGGUAGAUUGCCCCCUCCGUGCCUCUUAAAUCUACCCCAUUACCAAAAUUGUGUGGGAUAUCCCUCGAAGUAAGCAGCAGGAUGGAUAUUUAAUAGGAUUAGAGGGAGAAAAAACUCUGAAAAGUCUCUGAUGGGUCAGAAUCACCUGGAGGAAAAUAAAAUUACAAAAGCAAAGCUUGAGUUUUCUGCAUUGUUGAAUUUUUGGAAAGCCAUAAAAAUCAUAUUUGAUGAUGUAUUAUUCCACCACACUGCUAUAUUAAGAUUCUCUGCAAUAAGCUUUUGGGGAUAACCUUUCCUUCACUUCUGUGACUGUUCCUGUAAACCAAUAUCAAUCUGUAAUUCAAAAAACACCAUCCUGCCAUAACUCUAUUAUUCUUAAAUAGGUAUAUUCUUAUGCACAAACUGAAUACAAAUUAUGGAUAUUUUGACAUUACUUUCCUUUUCAGACAGAUCUAGGUACUGUCGGUCUGUGGGCAGAACUCGCUUUUUGCUAAAUGGCUCAGAGUGUGUGGGUGAAGGGAAAAAGUGCCCGACUGAAAGUGCUCCUCUUGCAGGGUUCACACACACAUCCUACUCUUUAAGUAAAGCUUUAAAUGGUAGGGUGUACAUUAUUAUAGCUGGUGCUCACAAACUAUUAUUUGAACAACAUGCAGCUCAGUAAUUGCAUGAUGCAGAUAAAUAUUGUUAAGAUUACCAGGGUAAUAGUUGGCUCAGAAUGAUUCAGAACAAGCACUGCAGCCUGGUCACAACCAGCUCAUCCAAGGACACACAGGAGAAAUCUGCAGAUAUGUAUAAACCCUUUAAAUAAUCAUAUACCCGUCUCUUCUCUGCCAUCUUCAUCAUUACCUCCUCCCCUCACUGUCAUGCUUAGGGCCCUGGGUUGCCUGAGUUUUGUUUAUUUGUCGACUCGUUAAUUGCCUGCCAAUUACUCUGGGAGGUGUCGAUGCUGCUGCCUGUCUGAGGCUGGGAGUGCUAUAAUUAAUACUUUAAUGGCCCCCCUCGGUAAGUGGCGCGGAAGCAUACUGCUGGGAGAAAUGUCAUCACCUUUACAGAAGGCUUGUUCUUUGUUAUACCUGCCGUUUUAUGCCACGCUUUGGCUUCAGGGUCGACAAAGGGGUCCUGAUUUGGCUGUUUUCACCCUAUUUCUGCAUCACCAUACCACACGAAACCUUUGCUCUUGAAAAUAUCUUGUUUUCUAUUUACUCCUUAAGCCUAUUAUUGAUGUGCUCCAUAUAAAAGAUCUAUAUCUACACUUAAAUACUGUACUGGCAAUGGUAGUUUGAGGAGAAGUCUACAUCACCCCCUGCUGGAGACAUCUUAUUGCACCUGAAUUCUGCACUGGAGGUUCAUAAGAGAUCCAGAUGAGAGUUCAGUGAACACAUUUCACACAUUUGUACGCAUUAGAGAACAUUUAAGAAACAAACACAUCAACUUGAGACAGUAAGCUGCUGAAGGGUUCGUAUUAAUUCAGUAUGUGUGUAUUUUAUCAGCUAAGACGGAUCAAGCCUUCAAGGAAUUCCUGGAUGCAAGGAACCCCACCAAGCAGCACUCAUCCACCCUGGAGUCUUACCUGAUUAAACCAGUGCAGAGGGUACUCAAGUACCCCCUGCUGCUCAGGGAGCUGGUCUCCCUCACAGACACUGACAGCGAGGAGCACUACCACCUCACAGGUAGGACUGAAAACAGCAUCUACAGACCUACAUCCACACCCACAAACACACAGGGGGGGAGUGUGCUAAAAAUAAAAACCACGCUCCCUCUUGUCAUUUCUGUCAUGCUGUCAUGAGUGACUACAUAAAAUAAAGGACACCUUGGCAAGGACUGACAGUUUUUCUGCAUACACAGAAUACACAUCCUGAGCAAAUCAAAUCUGCUACAGUAAUACAGAGCAACCUCAUAUACAGUCAAGAAUUGAUCUCUGUUAACACUUCCUCCUGUUCUCGUCCCUGCAGAGGCCCUCAAAGCCAUGGAGAAGGUAGCCAGCCACAUAAAUGAGAUGCAGAAGAUUUACGAGGAUUACGGCUCCGUGUUUGAUCAGCUAGUCGCCGAGCAGAGCGGACAUGAGAAAGAGGUAGAUUAUCAUUUCAGAAUCAGAUUUCUCAUCAGGCACUGAGAAGUGUUUAGAAUAACCGUGGUGACAGCUGCACAUGGAGUCUAAAGGUUACCUGCUAUGACAGACAAAUACUGGAGACAUGUCACUUCCACUUUAAACUACUUCUGCCUGGUUAACUGUCUGUGCAUCAGAGGGGAUCUGUGCAGCUUAUGUUGUUUACACUUCCUCUUGUGCACUACCCCCGGGGAUUGAAUGCAUUUACAAAUUGAAAAAAGAUCGAGUUAGUAACCACGGCAAUAUCAAUAUUCAAAGUGAAUGCCUAAUAAUGUUGUCUACUAUCAUGUGCGUGUUCGACAUAUUUAUAAAGUCAGUAGAUGAGAAAUAACUCAAACUGUUAAAUGCUGGCUUUAAAAGCUCUAGUUGCUUAUGUCUGUGAAACUCCUUCGUCGACAGUAAUUGCCAUGAGUCUGGCUUGUCAUUUAUUCGCCUUGUGCUGCCUCCCUCUCAUAAAUCUUGUCUGGUGUGUGUCCUCCAGGUCACAGAGAUCUCUAUGGGAGAGUUUCUCAUGCAUUCUUCAACCAUCUGGCUCAAUCCGCAUCCAUCGCUCGGUCGCAUGAGAAAAGACCCUGAAAUGACCGUGUUUGGUGAGUCGCUGCCCCCUGCCACCAUUGAUUUUGGAUUUUGUGAAAAUGAGCCCCUGACAUUUAACACCCCUACCCUGUCCUGUUUAAUCUCAAAGCAUUCAGGCACAGACAGGCCUUCAAAAAAUGUGAAUAUUGAAUCUUUUUUAACGCCCUACAUUGAUGUUUCAAGAGAAAAUUCGUAAUCGGUACAUGCCGAGUGAAUUGGGUUUACUGUACAGCCGGGAGGAACUGUGUCUGCAGCGGCACCAAACAGAGCUCAGUGAAUUUCAAUAUCCGCCGCUGUAGCGCUGAUAUGUGCUUUAAGGGUUCAAGCUGGCAUCUAAAACGCUUCUGUGGGGGUGCACUCCUUCAGUCGGCUUUCCCCAAGAGGCAUUUGCAGUCAAAACUAAGACGCUGAUGUACUCUCUCACCAGUGUUCAAGAAAGCGGUGAUAUUGGUCUACAGGGAAAACACCAAGCUGAAGAAAAAAAUGGUGAGUAUUUCGUCUGUUGCACUCAUUUACACUCAAAUGCCACAAACUCUGCCUGUGGGAUUUCAUAUGUAACACUCUUUGUUAUAACCAGACCAACCCGCGAUCAGCACUUUCUCACGGAGAUUCAGACCCCUUUAAAUUCCGCUGGCUCAUCCCACUCUCUGCGCUGCAGGUUAGACUGGGAAAUACUGCAGGUAAGAGGCCGGCACACUUCCACAUUAUCCUCACUAAAUCACUCACAAAGUACAUCCACUAAAUCUUUUUGUUCUUCCUCCCCUUUCAAAUAUCCCCACACACACUCCCCUAAGCUGAUUCUCCUUGCCCACACAAACACCCACACCUCUUCUGGCAUUUCUGUUCCACUUCUUCCCUCCUUAUUGCCUCCUGAAACCAUAAACCAUAUUUGGUCUGUGUGAUUAAAAGCCUCUCCUUUAUUUUCUGGCUCUCACAGGAACAGGCACAGAAAGCAGCUGCAUCUGGGAGCUGGUUCACUCCAGGUCUGAGUUGGAAGGCAGACCAGAGACAGUCUUCCAGCUGUGUAGCAGGUCAGAGAUUAAACUUUCAGGAGGAAUCAGAAAUGAUUUAUUAUGGUGUGCAUUUAUGUAUUUCAUGGGUAUAAUUUCAAUCCCCUCUGACAUACAAGUAAACACACUCACCAGAUUAUUUCUCAAGGGAUAAUUCAAGAUUCUUAGAAAAUCUUUCAUUUGAAGUUUAUACCAUCCUUUUUGAAUCUAAAAAAUAAUAUUAAAUCAUGUCUAAUAUUAGUUUUUUUUCAGUUUUUUAAGCAAGGUAGAGCUGAAAAUGAUGCUUAAGUAAAUAAAUAAUGAAGCCUCUGAUAAUUCGUCCCGCAGGGCUCAUUCCCACUUAAUUAUUGACGACACUUUGACAUGAAGGGGGCAUGAAAUAAGACUCAAAACAUUUUGUACACUUUCAGAGGAAGACAUGAUUUAAAUUUGCGAUCCAUUUUUCAUAAGGGUUUUAACAAGCUAAGUCUUCAGUUUUGACUCAUCACACCUUAGCCCUGGUGUCACUCAGGUGUGCGUAAACCCAGUUAUCUCUCCAAGGUGUCUCAUUAGAAUUUAUUCCCUUGACCAUGAGAAUCAGGUAAUUAUUGUUUUUCCGCAGCGACUAGAAAAAAAAAAAAUCACAUGGUGCAUCACUAUUAUUUUGGUGAUGAUAAGUUUGCACUCAGCAGAGACGUGGGCGAGAUUUGAGUGCACAGCAAUAACCAAAGUGUUAGAAAACGUAAAACACAAACAAUGAGGCUGUUAAACAAACUGCUGACAGGUCAAUAGUGUCAGACAUCGUCUAAGCGGUGUUGUUUUACAAGAUUAUCAUUGGCACAAUGUUGGUAGUAAUCUCAUAGCCUUAUUAGACUGUGCACAUCACUAUAGCUAAUAUAGGCCUGGCUAGCUCGAGCUACAAACAUGACAGAUGUUUGGAUAUUAAAGAGAUAUUCCGGCAUAAAAUUAAGUUUGGGUCAAACACACUGUAACACCGACUUAGACACCCCCUUGAGAGAUGAAUGUUGCCGACCGCUUGUCUCUCUAGUUAUACCAACUUUAGUAAUGACCGCAGGUAGCAAUACACAACGGUCUAUGUCUUCAUUAACAAAACUCAACCAAAAAGCCACUCUAUAGCCACAAAUAAUGCUCAGAACAGCACCUAACUUCAUCAACAGUACAUAUAGGGUCCCAGCCAUAGCACUAGCCACCAAACAUCUUUUUAGCUUUGCCUGAUUUCUUUAGCAAAGAGACUAAGCACAACUAAACCAAUCUCCUCCAGCAGCCGCUUGUUUGUAGGGAGAGCUCGGACGAGUCCAUCACCGACUGCAGCGGGGUGACGCAGCUCAAGGAAGAACAAUUAGGAUCAUUACUUCAUGGAAAUGCAAUCAGACCGAGAUGCUAAGUCAGAAGAACUACUGCGUCUGCAGUGCUAAAUGAUAUGAUUAUUACUUGAAGUUAGAUGCUGCUCUGAGCAUUAUUUGUAGCUAUAGAGUGGCGUUUUAAUUGAGGUUUGUGUAUUGCUAUCAUGCAGUCAUUUCUAAAGUUGGUAUAACUAGAGAAGCAAGUAGUCGGCAACAUUCACCUCUCAAGGGGUUGUCUAACUCGGUGUUACAGUGUGUUUGACCCAAACUUAAUUUUAUGCCAUAAUAUCCCUUUAAUACUGGUAAAUUAUAAUAACUCAAGUGUGUAAAAAUUCUCACAGUUUUGGCCAGUUUCUGCUUUUUACAAGAAGUCUGUUUAUCUAACUAACUGCAUGUAAUCCCAACUCAGUCACUGUGUUCUUUUUGGUGACACAACCGUAACAAGUCAUGACCAAGUUCCACAAUCAGGUGAACCACAAUCAAAAUGGUCCAGUAUUGAUCCUCCUUUUGCUAAUAAUACCCCCCCCCCCCCACCAACAGCCUUGUAGCUGAUUCCAGUAAUGAGAUGAAAAUGAGGCGAAAGCAGGAACCCUGGCUUAGAAACGCAACAACAGAACAGGGACUUCCAAAAAUAUCAUUGACCCUCCAUUAAAUUUUGUCUUCGGUUCACAGUAAACAAACGAGAUAUCACGAGGAACAAACUUUAAAACCUAAGAAACUAAUUGGUUCUGCCUCCCUAAAAACAAAAACACCAAAGAAGUUUCCAGCUUUUUUCCAUUGCUGUUCACACAGGCUGAUGUUGGCAGCAUAUUAAACAGACAAAUGAGACUGUUGUCCAUCUUUAUCUUGUUUUCUCUCAUAUUUCCCACAUAGGAAAAUCUACCCAUAGAAAUAAAAAUCCUUUGUAACAGUUGACAUACAGUACAAUGCACAUUUCAUUUUUUCACCAUUCCUCAAGAUAAUUUUUAAAAUUCUUUAUUUCAACAUUGUUAAUUUUUUGUUUCUAUAUCAUGGUCCAUAAAGAAGCUGCUCAAGGUCAAAGUUUUCAGCCUGGUAUGCCUUCUGUAGGCAUUUAUAUGUUGUGUUUUAGCUCGGUAAUAUACAGGCUGUCUACAAAGGAGGAGUGAUGAAACUGAAGCCUGUAACCAAUUUGGUCAUUCUCAUAACUGCGUGAAAUUGGGAUCACUCCUAAUGAAUUUAAUUUCCCUUUUCCACUGGGGACAUGAUGGAGCUCUCUCACCGGCAGCUUCUCUAUAUUUAGCCUCUGAAUCAAGUUUACCUUACACAGUGCUCAUGUUUCGAUUGUACCUCUGCUUUGUCCUCCUCAGCGUGCCAGAGAGCAAGGUCAACAUCAUCAAGGUGAUCCGCUCCCUCCUCAGAGAAAAUGUGAGGAGGAACAUGAGGAGUGAGGGCACACUGGAGAGGGGCUGUAAGGAGCGCCUGGCCCCACUGCGCAGUACCCUGCCCUCCUCAGCCAGGCUUGGUAAGCAUUAAGAGGCAUGCUUUGGAAAAUAUUUUGAAAGAAUCAGCCUCUGAUAUUAUUCCUGAGUACCAGGAACUGUUUUCUGGGAAAGUUUUUAUAACCGUAGAGGGCAUGGGAGUGAUUUUUACUCACUGGUAUUUAACCUUUUGGGUCAUUUGGGGCUUUAAAUGUCAUAAACUGUGUAACUCUAAGAAUGCAUGAGAAAGGAGUUGAUCGUAUCUGUCUUUUUAGGUCGAAGAAUGCUAAAGGGGCUUAUAUUGCAAGUGUUUCGUCAAGAUAAGAGUUUCAUUUCUGAUUCCCAUUCCCAAAUUUGUUGCCAGGUUCCUCCAGGGCUUCCUGGUUGUGCAAGCAGCCACUUGGAGAUCCCUCAGGACAGGCUGGUAAUCCCAAAGCAGGGCCAGACUCAGAUGAGGGAAGCCUCAGCAGCGGAACACAUAGUUUGUCCGGCGCACCUCCAACCUGCACAUCCGUUGAUUCCAAUACAGCCUCAGUCCAGCAGAACCCGUCUGAAACACCAGAAUCGAACUCGCAACCCUGCGCCACCUCCACUGUAAAGGAAUCUGAUAUUUUGAGCGAUGAGGAUGAUGACGGUUUUAGCGAAGGGGGGACAAGAAGGGACAGUGGAGACAGCAGUUCCCCAACUAGUGCCAUUGAGGCUCAGUUUCUCCAGCUUAAACUCUCAGAGGAGGCUUUGCCAAAAUGUCAACCUGCUCCAUGUGUUGAACCGGAGAGGGUGGGGGACACUCCAGAGACCCAACCCAAACUGACGAGAGGACACUUCAGUGCUAUUAAGAGGAAACCCAGCAGUUUCAAUAGGAGCCAGGGUGCAUUGUUGAACAUGAGGGCGCACAGCAGGUCACUGGACAGCCAGACAGACGCAGCACUGCCUUCAGGGACGGUGGACCUCAACAUGUUACUAGAAAGAGAGUUCAGUGUCCAAAGUUUGACCUCUGUUGUGAAUGAAGACUGUUUCUAUGACCAAGAUGAGAGCUGUGCCACAGACUCUGGAAAUAAGACCUCCUCAUAG